CUUAACUUUGGCAGCGGUGCAGUAGGUGCACGUGCCGCCCAUCAGCCUGUGUGUGGAGAGCAAACAACAGCCAUACAGCAGGGUGGGAACUUAAACCACAGGGGCUUCCUCUAUUCUGUAUUCCCCUCUUUUUGUGCAUCUGCCACCAAGCCCAGCGUGCUAUAUCCACCCCCCUUGUGGUCCGGAGACUGGGGAAUCCACCUGCCGGAGAGAAGACACACCUCGGGAUGGAUGCCCUGAAAUCCGCCGGCAGAGCGAUUAUCAAGAGCCCCGGAGUCCCGCGGCACACAUGGGGAACUUCAAAGCACGAAAGUGAGUGAGACGACGUGAGUGUGUUGAUGUUUGGACGACAAACAAUAAUGUUGUUGAGAAUUUGGCGAUGUAGCAAAGGCAGAAAAAUGUAUCUGGAGAGGGAAAAGAAGGACACUGUGUGCCUCUGGCUGCUCACGGACUGUUGUGUUUUCUUCCUUGAGAGCUUUUUUUGUCUUGUUGCCAAAUUUAUUGAGCUUAAUUUUCCAUUGUGUUGAAAAAGAAUGCAUAAUUACUAAGUGAAGAGCCGAACAGCCACAGUCUGGAGUCUCUUUUGUUGUAGGAUAUUGUAGUUUACGCCAAUUUGUAUUUUUGUACUUCCGCCUAAGCUGCACCCACUGGAAGUUAUCUUUUCCCCUAAAACAACAAUCAUCAAGCAGCUGAUUCGAACAUUAGAAGUUGAAUAAUCGAGUAACCGACAUGCAAAAGAAAUAAUACACCAAUGGUUCAGUUGUUUAAUCAGAAAAAUUGGUCGGAAUUGGUUAAUAUAGUGUCCAACUUUUAAUUUACUUUAUAUGGUUUUCAAAUGGUGAUAAACUAAACAAGACAGAUACCUCUUUGACCAGAUUAAUCGACAAUUUAGAAAAAAACUUCUGUAGUUCAGUGUAUUCCUUGAAUUUGACCAGAUUGAAUGGUAAGCAAAAUUAUAGCAAAUACAUAGAAGUGAGAUGGUUUUAUUGACACUGUUUAGUAUUUGUUACUUUAACUACAAAGGAGGAUUAAAGGAACAAAAAAAUCACCAAGAUUUAACAAUAAAGUCUAAAUAUUAUGAAAGUAAUGUCAUAAGUAAAUAUCAUAAUGUCAAGUAAAGUUAUAAUAUUAUGAGACUACAUUCAAAACAAUAUGAAAACAAAGUAGUAUCACAGGAUUAAAAUUGUACUGUUGAGAGAAUAAUAAACUAUUUUUAUGAAAAAGGCUAUACAUGUAUGUUUGUGCACUAUUAACUAGAUUGAAAUGUUGCUUAAUGUGGGGUUAAAUGUUUGGGACCCAUUUGACUUGACAGUAGUAUUGAUAACCUCAAACGUUGAUGAAUUUUUUUAAGUUUUAAAAAUGCUUACCCGAAUCGUUUUAUGUCAUGGUGGAAACACAGUCAGAUAGAAAAGCUGCUGGAGCAUCCACAGUCUUCAGAACAUAAUUCUGUUCUCCUUUGCCACAAAGAACAAUGGUGUCCGUUUUUUCACUAUAUCUGAGGCAGCAAGCAGAGCAUAAGAAUGAUGGAAAUGUCUGAGACCAUGGCUUCUGUAGUUCCCUCUUCCCUCAGCUCUGUUUCAUGCAGUGGAAUCAAAACUGCAUUUUCCAUCUGGGAAAUCUAUCAUUUCAUAGCCCCACAAGUCACAAUGGUAUCAAUUCACUUUUGUUUUCACAACAUGGUGAAACUGACAGAAUCGUUACUGCUAAAGGAUUAUUGAAGUUCACAUUGAAGUCUAACUUCACAAGACGCCCCAUGUUUGUCAUUUUAGAUAAGGUGGCUGCAAACAGCACUUUUCAUCUGUCCCUUCAAAACUCCUAAAGUCUAUUCUCUAAAAUUAUGACUUUUUUCUCACAGAUUUAUGAGUUUUUAAUGACUUUUGUCCAAAAAAUCACAACUUAAUUUCUGCGAUAGUAAAACAUUAUUGUUGUACUACUAUUGCUUACUAUUGAAAAAAAUUAUCUUGUAAUAUCAUGUUUUUUUCUUUUAAUGACUUUUAUCUCGUAGUAUCACAACUUAAUUCAUGAAAAACUACAACUUUAAUCUUGUAAUACCAUGACUUUCUUUUUUUCAUGACAUUUUUCCCAAAAUAUUACAACUUAAUUCUCUCUUUCUUCCUUUAUAUGGCAUAACCCCACUUCAUAUUUAUCUGUCAAAUGCACAACUGUCAGCUCAGCAGUGUUUUGCUUGGUGAAAGAGACAUACAAAGCACAUUAUACAUACUAAUUAAAGUCAACUCUAUCCUUCAGUGAUGUUUUUUACCCUUAGAGGACAAAUCAGGAUGACUUUAGAGAAAAUAAGGGGAAGCAGAAUAGGAAUUAGUUCUCAAAAAGGCUGUAUUAUCAGCUCUUAGUUUUUCAGAUAGUUAAAAAUUUACUAUAUAAAAGGGGGAACCUUGGCUCCAGGGUUAGUACAGGGUUGAUUUCAGGAGGUUGUGAGCGCUGACUGAAGGGUCAGAGUGCUGAACAUUGUCACACCAUCAGUGGCAGACAGUGUGAGGGUCUGCUCUGCUGCUUGCAGCCCUGCUGUCGCACCGAUGUGUGAAGUGUUGUCUUGAACGCUCCCUCCCUGCAGCUACAUCACCCGCGAGUCCCUCACUGCCUUAAAACGCAAGCAUGCUGCCUUUGCCUCAUCCUGGAGUCUCGCUCUGUGAAUAAUCAGCCAUCCAUGCCAGCUUCCAUUAAACAUGACUGAUUAAUUUCACAGUCAGGAGAAUGUCCUGGGUGUCUCCAGGAAAUGUUUUACAUAAAUUAUUGAGUAAUGAGUGUUAGUCAGUGGGACUUGAGAGUUUUCUCGUUGGAUUGGAGAUUUAAUGAGUCUCUUAAAUGGCUUUGGCUGCAUUUUAUUCCUGGGUUUUAGCACAAGAUGUCAACGCUCAGAGACAAGUUGUCUACUGUAGUUAAUUCUGUUGGAGAUUGAUGGGUUUAAACUUCUGAUCUUGGUUUUUGUUGCAGGCAUCAUCAUAUCGUCCCUGUCACAGCCAUGGGAAAUUCAUGAUAACAAAAGCCGACAAACAAACCACAGCAUGUUUCUUUAAAGAUAUUGUCCUUGUCACAUUGUUGGCUAGAGACUCUGCUUUGUGCUUCUCCUCUUGUACUGAUGUUGAUGUCAGAGAGAGGCUGAGAAAAGAGAGCAGGAUGAUCAGAGCAGAAUCCAGCUGCCUGAUGACAGAAGCAGUUUGUGUCUGAGAGACACCAGAGGAAUCAGGCUGGAAAAACGUGAGCACAGCAGUCACAAAUGGUGUACACACAGACACAGGGGCUGCUGCUGAUGUCCAGAAGCUACUCAGCAGGCAGUUUGGAGAGCGGACAGUGUGUGUACGCCAGCAUGUGGGGAUGCGACAAAGCUGGCUGAUGGAAUGCAAAUAAGAAAACAUGGAAGCUGUGAAUAAGGUGUGAGUGAAGUUUAAGAAAAGUCGUUUGUUUUUAUAGUGAGGGUAUGCAAAGGUAUAAUGUAAGAACUUGGUCUUGUAAUGGAAAAUCAAUAUCAUUAUAGAGACCCAAUCAAUACCAUUAAACCACCACUUAAGCCAGUAAGUGUUAAACACACAUCUCAGAAAUGCUCCUUUUUAUUUUUAAUGCCAGCUUUACCUGCCAGUCUAAUGUUUGCAUCGUGACUGAAUGAGGGCUAGAGCCAGUCAUACGCUCAUAAAAGUCUUGACAGCAGUCUCACUGGGUCACAUUAAGUAAGAAACAAAGUGUCAUCUGAGUGCUUACAAGCUGCAGCGACAAGGGGAAACGUUGAGAUAAAAAGAGACAAAUACACACACCUGCUUUGGCUUUUCAAGAGCAGCAUAAUAAAUCCAUCACUGAAUUAUCUUUUGAUGUGCGCAUCAGUAAUGAGGGGUUGUCAAACAGGCAAACACUGGGGAUGAAGUAACUUUAGGUUGUCAAGGAGGUUCUUCUCAAGUCAAAUGAGUCUGAAAGAAUAGAUAAGCACUUUUUCCUCAUGUACCAGAAAGGUAAAAUAAGCUACAGCCUCAUAAACAAUCUGACUGCUCUCCAAACAUGCAUUUGCUAACUUCCUGCAGGUCCCUAAGAGAAGAUGGGUUAAACUUCAGGGUCACUAUCAAAGGCUUCAUUGAGGGUACUAAUGUGAUACUGAUGCAGCCAAAAUGAAAAGUGCUCUUACAGUCUCACUCCAAUUGUUUUUUUUUUAACUUUUUUUUUACUACUUAAGUGUUCUUAGUGGUCUUCAAAUUGUGAUUAUGAAGUUUUUAGCCAAAACCACAUUACCCCUGUCAUUUUCAAGGGCUUUUCUUCUGCAGAGCUCCAGUAGAUCAUAAACAAUUUGCCUUUGAGUCGUGGGCGGAGACAGUGCUGCUCUGCACACUCCUCUUAACGUUAGCUUGCAGCCUAACAUUGUCGGUGUAGUAGAAGUGGCAGGUAACAUAGGAGCUAUUCAGCUAUCGUUACACUAAUGUCUUUAGGGACAUGAUUAAAGCUAAUAUCAUUAUUUUCCUAUGAGCAUUGCAAUCCACUAAUGCACACGCUUGUUCCAUGAUCAUCCUCUCGACUUCUUAGAGUCUGGCCUGCACAGUGGCGCUCCGGGGGCGGAGCUUGGAGUUGUGACGUAGGAAAUCCCACUGUGUCUGAACCUGCCGUUUGGGUCUGUGAGAGGUUCACAGCGAUUUGAAUGCAGAAAUACUCAGAAAUGCAAUUUUGCACUUACUUUUUCCAUGACAUGUCCCGUAGCACCAGAAAAAUGCCAUAUGAACAUGUAGACAACAAGAAAAACAUGAUUUUCAUCAGAGUGGGUCCUAAACAUAGUGGAUACUGGUGACAAACACAAGACAGAAAUCCUUCAAAUUCAAAUUUAUCAAACCAAAAGAAGUUUUUCAGCUUUUACAAUGUUAAACACAUAAGGAUACAGCAAGUUUUUACAGCCGAUAACAAUGUAAUGCUUAAUGAGUUGUAUGGGCCAGUCAAAGCAACAAAUGGCGAACAUUUGUUUAGGGAGUGUCCUAUGUUUUUUUUUUAAGUGAUCAAUUUGUGUGUUAUGAGCCAGUUUGCACACUUAUAUGAGAUAGUGACAAGCCUUUUCUGUGCGAACUUAUUGCACAAAUAUCUUUUACAUGAUGGAUCUCCUCAGCACAUUCAUCCACAACUUCUCCCUUUUUCCUUCCUGUUAUGCAAAACAUUUGAACAGGUGCAGUUUAUUUCUCUAUUAGUGCAAUAGAAUUUUAUCACUUAUCACUAUGCAGUACACAGCAGCCUUUGUGCAACUCAUGUUAACUUAAGUGCAGUAUACAUGAUCUACUAUAUGCAGUGUCCACAAAACCCUACCAUGAAAUAUAUACAUCAUUGAAAAAAUUAUAUACAUUAUCCCCUAUGCAAUAGAUACGAUCUGACAUGCAGUAUAAUGAUUAUUAUCAACUAUUUAGCAUACAGCAUUUUCAUCCAUGCAAUUCAUCAUUUAUAAUGCACUACAUACACAAUCUGCCAUGUAGUACACAUUUUCUACCUUGCAAUAAAUCCUUUUACUUUUGCACUAUACAUUAUUCACCAUGCAAUUUAUUAUUCAGUGUACAUUAUCUGUCAUGCAGUAUACAUACUCUAACAUCAAUACAUUUUCUGUCAUUUAGCUUGUAUUUUAUCCUGUUAUAUUAAAUAAAUAUGCAAUUCAGUAUACAUUAUCUAUCAUGCAUUAUACAUCGCUGCUUUGUGUUUUAGCAUUGCAGAGAAGUUGGUUUAAGGUUAGAAGGGUGUGAUGCCUGUUGAAUAUCCAACUAAGGCUGCACGAUAUUGGAAAAAACUAACAUUGCGAUUUUUUUCAACACUGCGAUAUAUAUUGCGAUAUUAAAAAAUACAGGAAUUUUCACCAGAUGACCUGAAUAGCAUUUAAUGUUAUGCUGCACCACUGAAAUCUUGAGGACAGUUAACCUGCACUGAUCUUACCUCUUUUUGUGAAUGUUUGUAGAAUGGCUUCUGUCUGUCUCAGAGAUAUUUUUAGUUUUUAUUGUUCUGGGACGUUAUUGUGGCAACAGAUGAUCACAGAACACGUGUUUUGGUCGACAUCAUCCAUCUUGUAACCAAAAUAAUUCCAGAGAACUGAUUUUUCUUUUCUUUUUGGUUCUUUGUGGUUUUCUCUUGUUCGUUUCUCAUUUUGCAAUCGUUGUUGUUGUUACCCGUGUUUUGCCGAGAAACGCACGUCCUCCGAGAAUUGCAUGCACCUCGCAAAACGCGCACCGCUUGUAGUAGAGUGGUCCACGGAAAUAUACAUUUUAAAAGCCAUACAAUUCUUAAUUGUCGGGCUUAACAGUCAUGAGUAAAGUUUCAAAAGUAAUUUUCAGUGGACGCGUUUCUCGGCUCAACACCAGCAGCGCCAGCGACUCACUCCUUGUGCAGAACAUGUGCAGGGGUGUGGUUUCCUCCUCUCUGAUUUUGAUUGACAGCUGGCAGGGUAGUCUGAUUGGCAACUGAGUAAAGGACGAAGGUGUUUGGUGGAUCGCUGCACAGCACAUGCAGAGUCACAUGCAGUGUAUCUCAGUCAGUUACCCAGUUGAAAUUAUUAACUGAGUUCAUUCACCGCCGACAUCGCAGGCUCUGCGAUGUGACUAUUGCACACACGUACAUCGCGAUGACGAUGCUCAAACAAUAUAUCAUGCAGCCCUAUAUUCAACCCUACUCUGACUUUUGCAGCAUCUAUUUCAGCAGCUGCUUCUCAGAUGUUUUUCUUUUUAUUUCCAAACUGGAAUGUAAACCUCUUUGUACUGACCUUCAGAGUGAAACACAACACUUUACCUUCUCUCCUUUUACUGCAAUAGAGUUAUUUCCCAGUGGGUGAAAAAAAAUUGCAUCACAUGCCAGUCAAACCACUGAAGUUCAUCCAUAUGGAUCACUGUGAGCCGUUGCACCACUGUCUUUUGCCGUAUCAACUGCCAAACGCUGCAGAUAUGUUGUUGAUAAAAGCAAAGCUGAGUCUAAAUCGAGACAUGAGAACCAUUUAUGCUGUGGCCGCCCACAGUAUCUCUAUGGGUAAAAGCCAUUUCUUUAACAGAUAGAUACAACCAACAAAUUCAUAUCUAUCAUAUCUGAAAAGGCUUUAAAAGGUAACACUUGGAUUCAAUGGGAUAUUCAGUAAAAUCUCGUAGUUUUAUGUAAAGCAGUCAUCUCCUUAUAUAAAGAUAGAAGUGGUCCCCACAUGAUUAUUAUUCCACUGUGGCUCUUUCCGAUCCAUUAGUGCUUGUGACAACUAUUUAUAAUAACCAAACCCCUCCUCCUGAAUUUGUGCAACCUCAGGAGGACACACACAGGCAGCAUGCUCAGCAAGCCAAAUCCAGGAUGAUCACUUUCUGAAAGCAAGUGAAACUCGCUGUAUAAGAGUCACUCUUUUAACAAGGAAAUAAUAUCAUUUUUAGCCCAGCUCACGACCACAAAGUGACCUAUUUCUUGACUGGUGCAAAGCCAGUCUCCAGCUUUCAGAGCACUGGCAUGCACAGCACUCCCCUUCGCUUCUCGUGGCCGCUGGUCGUCAUCUGGUGAGGUCAGAGCCCCUGGCAGGACGGCAGAGGACACAGCUUGUGCCUGGAGUACGAGCCAUCCCUUUGGAUCACGUCUCAGAGCCGCAGAAAAGACCUCUCUCUAUCUCACAAGUCACACACACUUGCCCUUGGCACCAAGGACGUCCGCGCUGUACAGGCUGCAUCAAUUUGAGAUGGUGCAGCUUUGGGACAGACUCAGUAGGACUGUGACUUUAGCUGGUUUUUGUGUUGAUGUUAGUGUUAUAAAUAUGAAUGCCGGCUUCUGCUGCAUACUAAAAUAUCAAAGAAAUCCCCCCUGAAAAUGUGUAGCUUAAUUUAGUUUAUUAUUACACAGCUCAAGUGCUUUGAGGAGGCUUUUUCUCCUAAGCUCUGCAGUCCAUAGAGGAGCUUUACUUGAAAUUAGUGGACUCCACAGUCAUUACGUUGGACUGGUUGGGAGCCGUGGCAGUGGGUCCAGCCUGCAGUUCUAUUAAAGCUGACAGGGGGGUUGGACUGAAUGGCGUGCAGGAGGCAGUGGUGUCAGUUAGCACUGACCCUCCAGGAGCAAUUAUCUCUCACUGGCUCAUUAAGACUCAGUUACCCAUGAAUCAGGGGGGUAGCAGUGAACAGGGGGAUGAGCAGAGGUGAUGGUAGGGCAUAGUGGGAGUAUACAGCGUAAUGAUAGAGGGCAUGUGAGCAAUACAUUGAGAUCAGGAGGGAUGAAGAUUGGAUUUAGAGUGUGGCAAAUAAAGAGGGAUUCCUCUGCUGUCAGUGCGAUAGAAAAAGAUGAGGAGUUGAUGAUUGGGGUCUCACAGAGCAUUUGCUUUGCAUUAUAGAGGGUAUUUAAAGCAUUAAAAAAGCCGCCUGGGAUUACCAAAGAGUAUAAUCUUGCACUGAAGAUGAAGAAACCCAUUCAGAGACAGAUUUUACCCAAGCGACCACAACUUCCUGGGGGUGUUAGAAGAAGCAGAUAUUCUUGUCUUUAUAUGCUCAUCCUUAGCUCAUCUAGCACCAAGUUUUCCUCUGGUAUUAACAUAAAACAAGAUAAAUGUUAAAAUUUUACCAUUGACUGCAUAUUAAAGAGGCUGAAUGUUUGUCUUUGUUUAAAAAAGGACAAGUUGCUUUAAAAUAUUUUAUAAUUUUGUCAACUCUGUCUAAGUAAUCCUCAUUUUCCAACUGGGAAAUAAGAGUUUUUCUACUUCUGUGACCUUUACAUUGCCUGAAUGCUCUGCUCCUGUGGGUUAGCGACUGGAUUUAUUUAAGAUGAUAUCUACUGUGAAGGUUGAAUCUGCAUUCGACAUGACCUUUUACAGCAAUGCUUUGUUUACAGUAACACACACACAAUAAUGCAGGGCACAUACAGGGUGGAGAAUAACAGAACUUAAAGCAGGAUUGAAGUUACAGAAAGUGUACUAGAGAAUUUUUAGCUUUACAGUAAGGUUGAAAAUAGUCAAAACUGGGCACAAAUCACAGUUUAGCAUGGGAUGGCAGAGGUCUUUACGUUGUGAAACUGGUUUGCUGAGUAUAUCGAGAGUUAGCAGAGCUAGCACCACCAGCCUUUGGUCCUUCCUUACAGGUUCACACUCACAUGCUUGUGUUGGGUACAUAUUGCACUGUUUAAGUGGUUUUAAAGGGAUAUUUUGCUGUAACACAGAGUAAGACACCCCCUCGAAAGAUGAACAUUACCAACUGCUUGCUUCUCUAGUUAUACCAACUAUAGUGCAGCAAAUCAUUUCCAUAAAGUAAUAAUCAUCAUAAUAAUUAUUUUGCACUGUAGACGUGGUAGUUCUCUUGCCAUGGUGUCUCAGUCUGAUUGUAUUUCCAUGAAGUUAUAAUCAUAAAUGUUCUUCCUUGAGCUGCGAAACACCGCUGCACUCAGUGACCGACUCUUCAGGGCUCCCCCACAAACAAGCGGCUGCUGGAGGAGAGUGGGUGAGUUGUGUUUAGUCUCUUUGCUAAAGAAACCAGGCAAAGCUAAAACGAUGUUUGAUGGCUAUCACUAUGGCUGGGACUAGUGCUGCACGAUAUUGGAAAAAACUAACAUUGCGAUUUUUUUCAACCCUGCGAUAUAUAUUGUGAUAUUAAAAAAUACAGGAAUUUUCACCAGAUGACCUGAAUAGCACUUUAUCCUGAAAUCUUGUGGACAGUUAACCUGCACUGAUCUUACCUCUUUUUGUGAACGUUAGUAGAAUGGCUUCUGUCUGUCUCAGAGAUAUUUUUAGCAUACUUCUAUUGCGCUGAGACUUGUUAUCUCUCGUUGUGGCAACUGAUGAAAAGCACUGCCGACGCAGAACAUGUGUUUGGUCGAUAUCAUCCUUGUUGUAACAGAAAUAAUUCCAUAUAACUGACAUUAUUUUUUCUUUUUUGCAACAAGUCUUCAUUUUCGGUGGUUUUCUCUUGUUUGUUGCUCCUUUUGCAAUCGUUGUUGAUGUUGUUGUGCCGAGAAAUGCGCGUCCUCCAAGAGUUGCAUGCACCUCAUGGAAAUGCGCACUGCUUAUAGUAGAGUGGUCCACGGAAAUGCUUGAUUUAAAACCCAUACAAUUCUUAUUUGUGGGGCUAAACAGUGAUGAGGGAUGUACUGAAUGUAAUUCUUGGCGGGCAUGCUGUCUCAGUACAACACCAGCAGCGCCAGCGACUCACUCCAUGUGCAGGGGCGUGGUUUAUUCCUCUCUGAUUUUGAUUGACAGCUAGUAGGGGGUAGUCUGGUUGGCAACUGAGUAAAGAACUAAGGUGAUUGGUGGAUCGCUGCACAGCACAUGCAGAGUCACAUGCAGUGUAUCUCAGUCAGCUACCCUUGAAAUUAGAUGAGUUCAUUCGCCUCCGACAUGGCAGGCUCUGCGAUGUGACAAUUGCGCACAUGUACAUCCCGAUGACAAUGCUCAAACAAUAUAUCGUGCAGCCUUAGCUGGGACCCUAUAUGUACUAUUGAUGAAGUUAGGUGCUGCUCUGAGCAUUAUUUGUGGCUAUAGAGUGGCUUUAUGGUUGAGGUUUGCACGUGGAGACAUAGACCCCUGUGUAUUGCUAUCGUGCGGUCGUUGCUGAAGUUGGGUUAACUAGAAAAGCAAGCAGUCGGCAACAUUCAUCUCUUGAGGGGGUGUCUAACUUGGUGUUAUGGUGUGUUUGACCAUAACUUUUACACUGGAAUAUCCCUUUAAGUCAGUUCAAGCAGAUGCAGCUCACAUACAUUUCUAGAUCAAAAUACUGCCAAAUUGCCAAACAUCUGUCAUCUUUGCUUAUUUACAUCCAGGUACUAUAGAAGAUUGAGGCAUAAUAGUAGCCAUCAACAGGUGUUACAGCCCCAUUCAGUGGUGGGCGGCUUAGACACAACAGAUGACACGUAUUGUGGGUGUGCAAUAAUCAGAUAAUUAAUAAUUCAUUUAACUCCCUGGAAAUUCUCUGCCAGCCUGCAAAGUUUCCAACAUUUAAAAGCGUAGUCAACAGAAUGAUCCCUGCAAGUGAAAAAACGUUAAUUUCUAUUAAUGUAAAACCAUUGUGCCACCAUCGAGCAUAAGGGAAACAUUUUCAAAGGGGACAACAUUGCUUUAUAAGGAUUAUUUUUUGUUCUUUGUGUAAUUAUGCUAUCUAUCAUUCAGAGUUUCUCAAAGGAAAAACCUGCUUACUGCACUCUCACUAGUCUUCACUCUGUCAUAUAUGAGACUAUAGUUAAGCUAGUAUGUGCUCCAAGCUGAGCGUCAGCAUGUCAGUCCAUGAUUCAACUAAGCAGAUCCCCCACCUGUACCCUGCAUAAUUCAGGCUCAUACUCUUCAGUCACAGUCUGAACACAGAUAAGAUGAUAAAGUGCUGCUAAUGAGUUUUUUUUUACUGAGCGUGCUUUAAAGGAAAGUCACCUGCCGAAUAGAUUUCAUAUUUCAUACAAUCACAAGCUUCCCAGGUUGUUGAAUCACAAAAAUGGUUUGAGAAGCUCAUUGUGUUUCCCUCAAGGUUUUUUCAUAUCACGUAUUCAAAAACCUCACAGUUAUAAUGAGGAAACCAGAAUUUCAGAUGGUGUUUGUUUGGACACCACGAUAACUUGGCAGCGUACUGUAUUUUUAAUUCACCUAAAAUCGAUCAUUUCUAUUUACUUAAAAGGAAAUAUUUUAGCAAAAUGGCCAAGCAUUACAGCUAAAUGCAGUGUUAUUUUCUGCUAAGUGUAACACCAGAGAGGAUUUUAGUUUGAGCACCUGACCUUUUGACUCCCUUCACUUUGUCAAAAGAGAACUACAUGAGCUAAAUCCCCUGACACUGUGAUUAGUUGGAUUAUUGUCAAAAGCACAGCGAGCUCGGUGACAGCUCUGCUCAGACAGGCUCUCCACUUUUUUACACUUACUUUUCCUCACUGUGGAAGUUUCUACACAUUUGACAGCGUUCCUCACCAUUGUUUUCUAUUUUGUUUCUUCCUGAAGUUAAAUUUUGAGUCUCGCCCAAAUCCAAAACUCCCCAAAGUGUGACCUGUCAUAUUUUAGAAAUGUUACAUCUGCUGGUAACAAUAUGUCAGCUAGGAAUCAACUCAUGUCACCAUUUAGCCAAGGCUGAUGGAUCAUUAAAUAUUCAUUUCAACCUCAGAGAACGGCCAUAUUUCCCUACAGAGUUUCUUUGGUCUUCCUCUUUGAUUUGUUGAUUUGAGCUAAAAGCUUGAGACUGGAACACGGAAUGGAUGAAAAAAUGCAUCUGUUUUUCUUAUUGAUUUAUAAUCGUUUUAUGUCUUAUAGAUAUUAAAUAGUUUAAUCUAUUUUAAUUUCCAAUAUAUUUCCUUGCAUCUGUAAGGCACUUUGAAUUGCCUCGUGUAUGAAUGGUGCUAUACAAAUACACUUGCUUUGUCUUGCUACAAAAAUGAAAGUAUGUGAAGCAAAUGCUGUUUUCUCCAGUUGAGAUGGAUGAAGGUUUUAAUCACAUGCAACAUGUUUGGAUUAGGUUAAACAAGACUCUGCAGCAUUUAUUAUGGUUUAUUUGAGCAGGUGAGCACAGCUUUACUCUACCUCACACUGAGUCGACAAGUGCUCCACUCCACUAAAUGCUCCUCUUGGUGCACUUGUCUUCUUGUUUUUAAAUCCGGCAGUUGCCAUGGCUGUUUUCAGAUGUAGUUGUAGUCUCUGUCAUAGGUCCUCCACUCCUCUCAUUCCUUUAUUAAUGCCUUAAAAUCCCCAGUGUGCCAAGGAGAGUCACCUUAAUUCUUUCUCAUGCUUCAGGACGUCUUAGCUGGAGACACUUCAAACAGCUCUGAUCACUUUCUCUUUGGAGUAGAUGUGUGUUUGUGUACUGCUGCGGUUCAUUUAAACUUUUAAAACCCUUUUUCUUCUUAUGUCAGAGUUUCCCCUCUGGGGUAACAAUUAAUUUCUGUAUUGAUUUAGUUGUAUCUUAUAUUGAAUGACCUGAAAAUGUUCAUGCCGGUACUGUUCUCUUCUUUUCACAUGCUGCCUUCUUCCUGUAAUAUUUGAAGUUGGUGUAUUUCUUUGCAGUCGCUCUCCACAAAUAUUGAUUUUUUAGCUUGGCUUCACAUUAUUAAAAACUGCUCCACAUCAUAUUCUAUAUUGAUUUCUCUUUGUGGGGUCCCCUUGAGUUGUUCGACGGGAGGUGUAUAAAAUGUUGACCCAGAAUUGUAUGUGUUGUACACUGUACGUUAGAGGUAACUCAAUAUAAGCUGUCAAAGCCUCUCAGGUUAUCUCAGCUCAAUUUAAUCACUUCUGGCCCGUGUAAAUUUAACCACCAUGGGGGCAUCCUUCACCCCCUCAGACUAACACUGACGUAAACAUGCCUACCCCUCAGUUUCCCCCCCAUUAACAUCAACACAUGGCUCAAACUGACUUAUAACUCAUCAUCAUUAUCAUGCUGUAUGCGCUUGCCCGCUCUCUCUCUUGCUCUCUCUUUCUCUCUGGGCUGUUUUUAGCACCAACAAGGUUUCCUGCCCUGAAGUGAAGUGAAUUAUGCAACAUGAGGAAACCGAGAGACCCUAUCUGGGGAGAGUUUGACUAACACAUACAGAAACACACACGCACCACUCUUCUCCGCAGUGUGAACAAUGAAGUCCUGCCAUCCAGGUUUUCACGUUGUUUGAUGCCUGACAGCUGUCUGUCGGAUAGGAUGCUGUCACUCACCUCACUCAGGUGUGAGAGUCUUGGUGAGCGUGCUUUCGAUUUUUAUUCUCCUGAUGUGUGUGUGACACAGGCAUUUUUACUGCAGAGGCCUGGGAGUAUAAAUGCGUGUGGGUAUGUGUGCUUAUUUCCAACCUGUGCCUCCACUGGAGUGCUAAAUCCCAUCUCCCAGCUCUGUUCCUCUGCAAAAUUCAAACUCCCCCUCACUCUUUCUUACACAUCAUGUCCCCACCUGAGCUCAAAAACAAGACCUGAGGGGCCCUGACUCCUAAAAAUAAAACUGUUACCAUCAGACUGAAAUGGAAAACCUGUGUAGUUCACUUUUUUAACUGGAUUUAAUGCAGCAACAUGGUGAAGCCAAGAGGAAGCAAUCUUGAUUUUAUGGCUGUCAGAUAAAUUAAGAUGAGUUUUUGAUAAACAGAAUCUAGCUGUGAUAACUUGACCUGCAAAGAAACUUUCUCUCUUGAUAUCAAUGAUUAAGCCAGAUUAAGAUAGACUCCAACAGUUGAUAGGGGCUGAAAAAUAUAACCAUGGUGAAUUUCUGCAAUUAUUUGGAGCGCCUUAUUUCAACUUUUGAGGAAGUAUCUCCCCUCCUUAGUUUUCAGAGUCAGUUUUCCAGCUCGAAUCCAGGUGGAAGAGGCUUGUAGAUGUUGCUUUCAGUUAUUGCCAGUUAUCUUAACCCUUUCUUCAGUAGGGUUAAAUACUUGAAUUUUAUUUUUAAACAUGGUGUUUCAUCUCAAUGGUGAGGAGUCGUCGGGGUUGACCUGGUCACACAUCAUAUACAAUCUAACGAAAAAAGUCUUAAACAUUUCACCCUUGCUUAUCCACACUAAGGCAAAAAUGUUAGUCUAUGUGAGCAUGCUAAAUCAGCCAGCAGUGCAGAGAAUAUUUUUUCAUAUUACCUUUGAUUUUUUUAGAGUAAUAAAGUACACAUCACACAUUACAGCCUCCAUGUUUUCUUCAUAGACUUAUUUCUAAUAAUGAUUUUUUUUUUACAAAACAAGAGCAAAAAAUAAGUACAUCUAUUUUCUGAAUAACAUAUUCAUAUAAAAAUAACAUAUACACAUUCAAGUUUUGGCUUGACUGUUGGAGGGAUAUUUCGGUGUAAAUUUAAUUUAUGGUCAAGCACACAGUAACACUGAGUUAGACACCCCUUCGAGAGAUGAAUGUUGCCGACUGCUUACUUCUCUAGUUAUACCAACUUCAGCAACAUUCGCACGAUAGCAAUACAAAGCGGUCUACAUCUCCAUGUGCAAACCUCAACCAAAAAGCCACUCUAUAGCCACAAAUAAUGCUCAGAACAGCACCUAACUUCAUCAACAGUACAUAUAGGGUCCCAGCCAUCGUGCUAGCCAUCAAACAUCUUUUUAGCUUUUCCUGGUUUCUUUAGCAAAAAGACUAAACACAACUCACCUACUCUCCUCCAGCAGGCGCUUGUUUGUGAGGGGAGCCCUGACGAGUCAAUCAUGCAGUCUUAAUAUUAUGGCCUGACAGAGGAGGUUGCAUAAUUUUUGUCAUUACCAUGAAAAGUAUGUUUGUUUGUGUCAUUAAGUGUCUUUUGCUAGAUUGAUACUCAUGUUUAGAAAACCUCAGACUGCAUUAUACCUCUCUUUUCCCAAAUUAAAUCAACUGUAUCUCUUUCAUGUGCAGCACUUGCAGCCGCCUGAGGAAAAAACUAAGAAUCUAACAUACUGUUUUUAAACAACAGUAAGAAUAUACUGAUAAAUUGAAUAUAAUAUAGGUUUAAAUGAGGCAUGCCAAACUGUAGGGAUGCGUAAGAAGAUAACCAAUAAAAGUUGUAUACUUGAAGAUUAAAUGGCACAUUUCAAACUGUACAUUAAAGCUGAACCACUCACAUCGAUUACCUCUCUAAUCUCCCCUGAUACUCCAGAGACCCGAGACCUCGGAGGUCGUGGUAUCCGCCUGUGUCGGUCCAGCAUCCAUCACUCAGCUGGAAGGGUCUGAGGUGUUUUUCCGCAUCAGAGGGGAUUCCUGUGGGAAGCCCUCAGCUAUUAAAGGGUUGCAGAGAUACGGUGUCUCUGAUUAGAUCAGCAGCUCUCCAAGGUGACUCGUUUUGCUACAGUGUAAUAAUGGAUGGGAAACAGGGAUUGGGGGACCUGAGGACUCUGAGUUAUUUUUGUGAGUGGCACCUCUACCCUUGACUGAAAAACAAAAUAUCAAGUCUAAUGGUUUUAUAUUUAUAAUGAUGGAUUGUGGUUGAGGUAGCUGCUUAAGGAUGAUAAAGCUAUAAAAUGGAGAGCCAGCAGACACAAGGGGAAGAUCAGUAUCAGCAAAGAGAAAUUAUAACAUGUUUGAAAUGCUAAUGGAAACAAUCUCUACACGGUGCUUAACAGUUAUCCUUUAUGAAUAUAUAGCUGCAAGGAAAGAUAUCCUCUAGUGUGGAAGUGUCUGCAUUGUUAACUACUGUUCGUGGAGCUAUGGGGUUUCUCCUUUACAGUUUACCCCUGUUUUUAUUCUAAUAUAGGAACAUACAGAAAAGAGAAAACAUAUCAGCAAGCUUUAAAAUGUAAGUUAUUAACUCCAGGAUGAAAUACGCACACAGGUAAUUACUGUAGGUAUAAAAUUAAACCUCUGUGCUGAAGCCCAGUAUGGAAAUCUUUAUUCAACAAACAGCAUGUCAGGAGUAGACAAACAAUGGCAGCUGAGUCACUCAAUAAAAAUGAUCCAAAGCACUUUCAGUGGACGUUUACUGUGCAAGUCACCCUCAUUUUUAAUGCCCUUUGGUCGAUGAUAAACUAUAACUGUCAGCACAUUGUAAACAGUCAGUAUAACGAACAAGCUCCCCCGUCGCUGGGUUGUGUUUGAUUAAUCGGUGCGUGUUAAAGUAGAUAAUUGAGCAUUUAAAUGGAUUCACAAAAGCUUUUUCAAAACAAAGCCUUAAAUCAACAAGGAAAAGGGCAACAUGUCCGCGUAAAAUAUAUCAUUUGACCACACACUCCUAAACUACCCAUAGGACUGAUCCAAAGAUGAGUCAUAUGAGGUUUUUCUGAUCUAAAAACACAGAGAUGUCACGAGGUUGGCAAAUACUAAUGUUGUCUGAAGCCUAAUGGAAAGCACUGGUCUAAUUUUUAUCUGUUGCAGACAAAAAAAAAAAGCAAAGGAGAAACAGUUUUCAGUAUUGUAAUUGAAGUCUAAAAUAAUGGUUCUGGAAAAAAACAAAAUCAACUGAAAAUUUGAUUUUGAGAUUUUACCUGACUACAUAGAAAGCUGUAUUCUCAAAUCCACUUUUGGUGAGUCUUGCAAAGUAUCAUAUCCUACUGCAUUAUGUCUUGUCAUUAGCAAUGUCCCCACCCGAUAUUGAUUUUAGAUAUCAGUCCGAUAUCAGCAUAAACUGAAUAUCAGAUUAUAUUGGCCUGCAUCUAAAAUCUCUGAUAUCAGCACUCCAAUGCAAGCAGUCCAUUCCAGACUCCAAUCCAGCACCUCUAUCUAGCAACCAUAAUCACAACAACAGUGUGUGCUAAGGUACAUACAAAGUAGCAAGGAAUAGGAGUGAUGUCGGCCAUGUGGCGGUAAUUUUUGUUGAAGUCCAAAAAAGACGUUGCAGCCGAGUGCAAAACUUGUUAUGCACAAGUUUGUGCUAAUAUCGGAUCAAUAUCGGUAUCGGCCAAUACUGAAGUCUUCAAUAUUGGUAUUGUAUUGGAAGUGAAAAGUUGUAUAGGGACACCCUGACUUGUCAUGCCUUAUUGUAUUGUAAGGUGUUGUAUUGCACUGUAUUGUGUCCAUGUAUGGUAUCAUAACGUAUUGUCCCACAUCAUAUCAUAGAUUGAUCUGUGUAUUUUAAGUGUCCCAUGUAUCACACGUGUUGUGUUGUAUUGUAUUGCAUUAUAUGCGAAGUCUGUUUAUAUCCUAUUGUAUCAAAUUAGAUCCUAUCAAAUCACAUUGUAUCCUAUUGUAACUCAUCAUAUCAUAUUGUAUCCUAUCACAUCUUAUCCCAUAGUACCACAUCGUAUCUUACAUUAUCAUGACCCAUGUAUCAUACCGAGGGGUUUUUCCAAAAGCUGCAGCAUUGUUAUCCCAGUCCAUGACCAGAUAUAGACUACAGCACCCACCAGCGCUAUAAAACAAAGAACCUUUGGGGAAAAACAUCAUAACCGGUUAAAAAUUAAUAUCAGUUUCAGUUAGUGUGGCAAGACUGUUCAGCAUCCUGGUAUAGAUAACAAAAAUUAUUUGCUUUACUGGCUCAGUCCUCUUAUAUGGCAUCAUACAGACCAGCUGUCACCAACUGCAGAGCAAACAUUAACACAAUUCCCCAGUGGGAUGCCGACUAUAAAUAGAAAUCAGGAAGUUAUUCAGGAAUAAAAUUCAGGCAUCUGUGUUGACUUUUAAUUUGAAGCGUGGGGUAAUGGCUGCCCGCAUAAUAACCCUGCUGCUAUCUCUGGACACCUCUGAGGACGUACAUGGUGCUGGGAGUGGAGACGAUAAGGCUGUUUAAUGCAGCAUGUGAAAAUGGGUUUGAUCCUGUCUAAUUAAUGAUUCACAGAGCCUUUGGAGGAUGCUACCUGAUGGAUUGGGGGAGUUAGAGGCCUUUGUUUUGCAUAAUAACUGUAGUCAUGGUCAAAGGUAAUUAGCAGUCAUGACAUUAUACUGCUUUCAUCAGGUUUUUACUCUUUUUAAUAUGCUGUUGCAUACACCUAACAAGUACAUGCUGUUUUUGUCCUCGACUGGGUCCUGGACAGCUUUCACUUUAAAGAUCCCAUAUUAUACUUCUUUUCAGCAGGUUCACACAGGUCUCAGAGGUCCCAGAACAGUCAGUUUGAAGUUUGUUGUCUAAAAACCCAGUUUUUUUCCUGGACUUCAGCCAGCCUGAAAACUUUCUCUAGUGAGCUCUACCAAGAACACGCUGUUUUUCUGUGCUGCACCUGUCCACGCCUCCUUCAUCACAAGCCACGCCCCUCCCUGUCUCUCUGGAAGAGGGGGGCACGGCUUGUGCUAUGGUACCAUGGGCUGAUGUUUACAUAGAGUGCUAGGUAUGGUUGGUAGAAGCGCUGUUAUCCAGCCGUACCAGUUUGAUCCAGAGUCUGACCCAGAAGGAGAGGCUCCUGAAGAAAUUCCAACUCUGUGGCUGCAGCAAGACGUUUCUGAAUGGUUAGUUACAAAUAUUAUGUGUCUUCAUAUUUUUCUUUUUACUUUGUUCGUGUGUUGGUACACAGUGACUUACAUGUAGCUAGGUAACAUUAGCUCCUGCUAACGAUGACAUCUCUGCUGUCUUGUCGUUACUUGGAGCUCUUUUGGUGAAUGUGCAAUAUUGUGAGUAUAGUUAUCUCUUGUGACGAUGUUCUUGCAGUCUACGGAAACAGACUUCUGUGCUGCUUCGUGCAGCCAACAACAGAGCAACUGCCAGGCCUUGCUCGUACCUUUGCCAUUUCGAACCAGUGUUAGUGAGGGAGGAAAAUAGUGUCUGUGUGGAAAUUUUCAGGGGGCAGAACAAACAUCUUGGGCAGGGUCACCAACCUGGAGGGGAGGAGUUAUCGCUGUCCAUAACGUCAUGGAAGGCGAGAGUUUCAACCCGCCCGUUUGAGCAAACAUUUUCUGAAAGGUGGAACAAGCAAGAGAGGGAGAGGAUAGAAGUUUCUCAUUUUGGGGGUUUUGUAGACAGACUGGGGAUGCAUGUUAUUGUGAGAAAACCAUUCUAAAGUGAAUUUUGCAUAAUAUGGGACCUUUAACUCUCUAAUUCUUGUAGCUCAUCUGUGCAUACUGCACUCUCAGAUAACUCACAUUGUUUUGAUUAGCAGCAGGUAUGGUGAGUAAAGAGAAAACUUUUAAGAAGGGGCUCUGCUUUAAAGAGGAUUUUAGCGAAAUCCACUGAUUCAUUCAAGGGCCCACAAGGCAAACAGUUGUUUCAAAAACCUGAAUUAUCUUACCCAAGAGAUAUUUUCUCCUGUCAGCGAGAGUGAAAUGAAAGCUUAAAGGAAAUUGUUUUUCUGUGUGACGAGGCUCGCCGGCUCCUCGGAGCUUCACUGUGUUUUUCUUUUUGAGCAGACACACACCAAAUUAAAUCUGUUUAUAGUCUUCAAGGAUUUCAAUCAUCCAUUUUAUUGCUUUAGCAAACAUUCCGCUUUUGUCCAACUGUGUUUGGCAGCAGAAAAUGAAAACAUCAUGUCGAGCUCAUUGAAAUUAGGACAUUCAAAAGAUUUUCAACUCAAACAAGGAAGUUGUAAUUAGAAGUUAAGGCAAACAAACAGAUGUGCUGAGGGGGUUAGUUAUCAUAAUGAGGGAUGCACUCAGGAAUAAUUUGUAGUCACCACCUCUUCCCAAAAGCUGUGUCAUGUGAUUUCCAUAGCAAGUGUCAAACCAGAGCUGGACUGAUUUGAAAAGGAGGAAAUGUCCCAUUUCUGUCAGUUCAAACUCUAUGAUGGAGUAUUUGGACUUUUCAAAAUAAAUCUUCAUAUAAAGCUCAUACAUUUAUUAGGAUAAAGAUGUAAUCUUACUAGAAUUAAGUUGUAAAUAUUUGAGAAUAAAUAUAAUUUUAUAUAGUGUUUAAGAUCAGACAAACAGUCAGCCGCCUGAAAUAAAGUAAGAAAAUGCAGCAUCAGGUGAAUCCAAACUGAGAUAUAAAUCUAGAAAUCUCAAUGCCUGAUCUUUUAGCACAUCAUUGCCACAUUAGGUCAGGGUCCUGAAUUGGUUUUGACUCUGAGUCUGUUAUGAAGAGGGGCAGACUAACUGAGAGCCUGUGCUUAUUUAUUUAACCACUGUUUGGCCUCAGCUGUAGGGUUUACUGUCACAAGGUGAUCCAUUCAGAGCAUGCAGCAGCUCGCUCCUUCUGAUAUCACACCUGUAUAGCUGAGCCUUAGCCUGUUUUUUUUUUUUUUACUUUUUUCAUUAUGAUUAUGUAAAUUUAUAGCUUCAAUAUGAUGAAGAUAAUAGAAUAUAUUUAUUUAUAAAAAAAAUUAACAAAGCACUUUGACAGUCAAAGCCAUCUAUGGUUGUGGUUCAUGACUGUUCUUGUAAAUGUAUGACUUUAAUGUUGUAAAUCCAUAACUUGGUUCUUUUGAAUUUUUUCAUUGUACUCAUGCAUAUUGUCACUUCUUUUCAUAACUUCAUUCUCAUAAAAUUACAACUUCAAUUAUAAAAUAAAAGACUUUAAUUUGAUAACAUAAUUAUAAUAAUCAUAAUCUACCAUUUUCUAAAACUUCUUGAUGUGGACCUAAAAAAACUUUUUUCUGUGAUUCUGAUUUUUUGUGAAUUUUAAAAGUUUUGCCCAAAAGCAAAUCAAUGAUUUUCUGGAACUGGUCAGGCUAAAAGGUGAGUUGCAGUUUAGGGGUUGACUGAUACUGAUAAUGAGAAAGCAGGUUGGCUAAUGGCCGAUAUAUGAGCCAAUAUCAUAUUGCAAUUCUUUCUUUUCCCCUGCAUUUGACAAAUUUGAACAGUUUGUCACAAACACUUUUGAAUAUCUGUCCAACUAUCUGAAACUAUUGAGAGAGAGAAAAAAAGGACACAGUAAUUAGAUAAUAUCAGACAUACAUUAGUCCAGGACAUUAAAAUGUAAUUGACACGAUGAUCUUAGCUGGUAACACGAUUUAUAAGUGAACUAAAAAAGACAAAGACAUUAGGUUAUGUUGCUGAUCCCUAAACAUGGCUGAUGUUUUUGUAAAAUCAAUAUUUAACUGUAAUACUUUACAUAUUAUAAAACAAAUGAAAAUAAACGCAAUCCAGUGGCUGCUUUAGACUUGAUUUGCUGUCGUUUAGGAUGGGAGAAAGUGUUUUUAUUUAGAAAAGAUGAUGGUGACAACAGCCUUGUGAGGGUUGAUGCGGAUAUGAUGCCAGUUACGUCAAAAUGCUAGUGACUGGCCCAAAUAAUAAGCCGACUGAUUAAUCGCUUUGUCUCGAAUGCAGGUGUAUUUUUCAGGCCUCUGCACACUGAAAUCUGCAUUUCACAAGUUUUAAAGAUCUUCUCCAAAAUUUCCACAGUUUCUCUCUGUCACAAAAUGUACUUUCUCGUCCUUGCAACACUUUCCUUUGACAGCAGGCUCUCUUAAACUUUUCUUAUAAAUUAGCUUGAUGUCGGUGUAAGAAAAGAAAAAUAAUGAGGGUCAAAGUCGUGUUGAAAUCUUAAGAAAUGAUACAUGAGUGUGUCGGCUCUCUGGAUGUUUAAUUUGCACUUCCAGAGGUGGGAGCUUGUGCCACUCCAGGGUGCUUCCACUGUUUCCUGAGCGCUUUAUGUGGUUUGUACACGUCUUUUGAUGCCCAGCCAAGGUGCUCAGUAUUGUGAUUAUCAGGGACCACCUCCUGGCUGCUGAUGGGCUGUUAGUGAAUCUGUGGUUGCUAAGCAACGUAAUCUUUUGGACCCAAUCUUUGCUAUUGUUGAUGCUGUCAAGGUUUGAAGGGAAGCUUUUGCAAUAGCUCUGAUUGGGAGGUACUCAAUAUCCUCAGGCCCCUCUAAUAGCUGGAGGGGGAUUAUUUUUUUAAUUUGUGGGAUCAGUCAGAGCCAGAGGAGGUGAGGUGAGAGAGGUGAAGUGAGUGAAGGGAUGGAGUUAUGAGAGGAAGAGCUUGAGAGGAAGGACUUAGCUCUACUGGAUUCCCCCUCAAGGCAGAAUCAGGAAACCAGAUACACCCCCCACCCACACACGCUCACACACACACUCACUUGCACACUAUGCCAGCCCACCAUCUUCCCUGUAUGUGCGGCCUAUUUUCCCUGUCAAGGUGGUGUCCUAGAUUCAAAGUUCCAUCAGAUGAGUAAAACAAGUAAGGCAGUGUGAUUAGAUCAAGAAGGAUGAGGAGGAUGGGGUGUCACUUGGGUCUGAAAAGCAGGCUGGGUAUUUUUUCAUUCUGACAUAUUGAUGCUGUUUUUGUUUUAUUGGAUUUAUACUAAGAUAGAGCGUGAAACCUUGCAAAAAUAGCCUGUUCACUGAUCUCUUCGGGAGUCGGUAACAGCGACUGCUUUUGCAAUUUGACCCUGGAGCUCAGGCUUAUUCAAACAGUUUUUUCAACUAUCUCGGGAAAAAUCAAGCGUGUGCCUGCAAUACAUAUGCCCCAUCUUGCUUUUGCAUAUCUGUAUGCUCCUGUUUGUUUUAAUAAUUAGCAGUCAGCGGAGGUGUUCAUCUGGAGCAGAAUUCACCAGGGUACGAUUUUGACUUCUUAGUGCAAAUUAAAUUACAGAGCGAGGCGCUCAAGGAGACAGCUGGUGAUCGCUGCGUGUAGCUGAGGGCAUGCAGAGCGCAUAGUGCAUAAUACACUAAAACAGCCUCAUCAGCUGCUGUGAAAUGCCACACUCGUCACUUGUUCAUUCAACAGGGUUUCGGAUAUUUACACUGCUCAACAUCUCAAGGCGAUGGUAUUAUAACUUGUGUAACUAGAGGCAGCAACAUGACAUUAAAUCGGCCUGUUUCUUUGUUGCAGUGCAUUGAUUUCUUUAGCCUGUCCCGCCUGUGAAGCUCUUGUGUGAACAUAAUGAAAUCAGUGCGCUGGCUGUAACAGCCGGGGUGUGAAAAUGUUGCCAGGCAUCAGUUUAAUAAAGAUGCAAACGUCAUCAGUGCACCACCAUGGCCCAGCCCUUUCUAAUCUUAUUUUGUACUCUCUUGAAUUAAAUCACCUCACACACACACACUCACAUACAAAACCACACACCAUGAAUGCUAAUAAUAAAAGCUCAUAUUGCACAUUUUUAGUCUUCCUCAGUAUUUCCCUCAACAUGUUAAAAUCCAAUUAGCCUCCCUCCGCUUGUUCCUGUCACUCUUAUCUGUCUCGGCCCCUCUGAAGACUCACACAGGAUUUAUUAAAAAUUUAAGCGCCCCUCUUUUAGGGGGGAUAAUAUAUUGGAAACCCUGCAGCAUCAACAUGAAGCUCUUAAAUAAUUCAUGUGUGUAGCCUGCUGAAGACAGUACAUGAACUGUGGCACUUGAGCUGUGUAAUGCUGUGACAUUUUAAAGAGUGCACCCAUGCAGUAAAUCUCUUGACCAUGGGCUGAUGUGGAGAAGCUUGGAGUGACCAGAACAGUGCUGUUAUAAACAAGAGUUGAUGAAGGUUGAAUAAGGUGCAUGAAAGGUCUCAUAUUAUGCCAAAUUCACUUUGGAUUGAUUUUAACAAUAAUAUGCAUCCCCAGCCUGUCUACAAACCCCCAAAUUUAAGAAAAUUCUAUCCUUUCCCUCUCUUGCUUGUUCCACCUUUCAGAAAAUGUCUGCUCAAACGGGUGGAUUGAAACUAUUGCCUUCCAUGACGUCAUGGAUGGCGAUAACUCCUCACCUCCAGAUUUGGUGACCCUGCUCAAGAUGUUUGUUCAGCCCCGGAAAAGUUCCACUCAGACACUGAUUUUCUCUCUCACAAAUGCGUUUGAAAAGGCGAAGGUAUGAGCAAGGCCUGGCAGUUGCUGUGUUGUUGGCUGAAGGAGGCGUGGACAGGCACAACCAUAGACUGUAUAUACUAUGGACAACUUGGUUCCGCCUACCGCCUGUAUACGGAUUUGAAGCCAUAAAGCUCUUGGUAUUUUCCUGGGAUUUUUCUUCAUUUCUUGAAAACAGCGCUGCGCAGUAUCGAUGCGCGCAUUCGGCCGCACAGUCGCUGUGUUGACGCUCGGCUCAAACAGCGUUUCCCCCCUGGGAGAGCUACGCAAUCCCUGAACGCCCAUAGGCUGUAUCAGGUGUCAAUCAUAGAAAACAUAAACCCCUAAUAACUUUUGAAAACAGAGCCGUACAGAAAAAAGAGGACUUGAGCACAAACCAGUCUUACUGUAACUACAUGUCAACAUCACAAGCAGGGGGGAGAAAAAUUUAUGUUCUGUGUAAUAAAUUUCUAAAGUAUGUCCACAGCCCAAUAAGCUUUGCUGGCGGAGGCGGGAUUUAUGACCUAUACUGCAGCCCAUCAACAGAGGGCGCUGUUCUCGGAGUGGCUUCACCCAGAGAGGAGGCAGACUCUCCAUUUUACAUACAGUCUAUGGGUGCAACACACAGAAACAGCGUUUUCUUGGUAGAGCUCUUUUGAGAGUUUUCAGGCUGGCUGAAGUCCAGGAAAAAACUGUUUUUAUUUUAGAGAACAAACUUCAAAUGGACUGUUCUGGGCUUUAAAUAGUUCCUGUUUAAGUCCCUGUCAGUACCCAACAAUGGGUCUCUGAUGUUUCUCUGAAGCGGCUCUUAGCAUUACUGUGAGUGCUGGCUUCACUCUUUGCAUUCAAAUCUAUAUGCAAUAGAAUAACAAGAUUUUAUGAGCCUGACAUUUGUCAGCCUAAACCCCCCUUUUAUCUUUAUCUUAGUCUUUUGUAAAAGCACCAAUAUCCUCCUGAGUAAAAUGCACUUUAUUUGAUAAUGUCUCUGUUUUUUCAGUGGGCCGUGAAACCUGUUUUGGUUGUGGAAUAGCUGAACCUGACCUCCAACCUCAUGUGGAAAUUGGAAAGAGUGAGGAUGCGUUCCUUUGUCAUGGAUCAAUAAACCAUUAGAGAACCUCUCCUAAGUGGACCUGCUGGGUCGGCACAAUGAAUGGCUUUCAGCAUCAAAGUUGCACCUUUAAAAAAUAAGACUCUCAGUCUUAAUUCGAACACAGCUCUGAUCCGGAACGGUUUAUAAGAAAACAAACAUGGCUGUUCUGAGCUGCAGCAGUCACUUUUUAUAGCAUCAAAAGCUCUCGCUGGGUUCAAAGCAGCCCCUGUGGUCUGAUUAAAGAUUGGUUAAUAAUUCAGAGUUUUUGGAAGCGUUGUUUGGGGAUGGUAUCCUCUGCUGGUCGCCUUCACAGCUGCAUGAGGCCUGCCAGUGACAGAUGGCUCAGCCCGUGUGGACAGUUUGGUGCCAGAAUAGCAGAAAAAAGCCUUGGACAAUGAUUUGGUGUCUCUUUUUCUUAUUCUCUUUUUAUUUUCCAUUUAUUUUCCAUUUCCCAAACCUCUCAUGAUAAACCACAUUUGCGAUUUAAGGUUAACUGCCCUGAUUGCAUCUCAUGGGUAAAAUAACCUCUUAAAGACUCAGAGGAAACUUUCAUUCCUUUAGUUUUUGUAAAAAACGUACAAUGUUCUUAAUACGUGUGGGCAUCUUAAUCACAGCUCAUGUUAACACAUUGCACUACAUUGAUAUUGUAGAUUUAGUCUAGUUUUUGGCCCAUUAAAUUAAUCCCAGACUUUAGGCGAGUUUUGGAAGUUAUUCUGCUCCUUCUGCUCUGUUGCAGACAGACCAAGAGCACAGCUUGGUGCUCCUUUUUUUGGGGAAUCACACGAACAGCAGGAUAUUGCAGCCAUUCUGAGUUGUCCAUCAGUGCUCGGCUGAUAGUAGCUUUGUGACCUGAGCAGCAUUUUUAUUCUCUGAGAUCAAUGGUUUUCUUAUCCAGUGGUGAUAACAGGCUGCAGUUGAAUGGAUCUGAGAUGUAGUUUAAAUUCAGAAAGUGUGAGCCUAAUGUGGAAUGAGAGGCUCAUUUAUUGAUGGUUUUGUAUACAAAAUGAAUGAUCGCACCAUGAGUCCCUUUUCCUUUUCCCUUUCAAAUGCAAUAAAAACGUAUCGCGGUCCUCUAUCAGAGUGAAUGAAAAAUAACCUCAUAUGAAGAAUUCUCUCUGAUCAUUAUAUCUCACUUUACUUGUGAGUCGGACUCCAUCCUCAGCACUGUCUGCUCAGCUAUGUUGCUUCUUUGCCAACUCCCAUGCAGUCUGUGCUGAGUCGUGUAGUUUGUCCAAAAAACAUAAUGAAGACAGACUCUGACUCAAACACUAAUUCUGUUCGGAUGUUUAAAGCUCUGAAUUCAUUUUGAUUAUUCUCAUGUCUUAAUACCCUCUAAAAUAAAUCUCCUGUUUGUCUAGGUCUUUAAAUUUGCAACACUUAUAUUCAUUGUUUCCGAGGGCCUAUCCACAAAAUUUGGAAAGAUGGAUUUUUUUUUUUUUUUUUUCAUUUUUGGGAAGUAAAUGUUAACCGUUUUAGUUAACCAUUACUCAGGGUCGUGUCAAGAAGGGUGGCAUGGACCCCCUGGAAACCUGGUUGGGAAGCCUAAAGCUUGGACUGUGUUGCAACAAAGUGCUUGUAGCUUACUUACUUACUUUAGGGAAAGAAAAUGUCUUUUUUAACUCUGAUUUAUGUAACCCUUCUGGUGUUUUACUUUUUGAAGUAAGUUUAGAUUAAAUGCAGAGAUAUUAUAUUUGUUGAAUACUUUGAUUUAAGCGGUUAAAGCUACAGUGAGGAGUUUUAUGAUGGUCAUGAAACAGAUUAUGAUCCAAUAAAACAAAAAACACCUCAGGGGACAAGAUUAGCCAUAUUUUCUGGACUAUAAGUCGCUCCAGAGUAUACGUUGCACCAGCCAAAAAAUGCACUAUGAAGAGGAAGAAACCAUAUGUAAGUCGCACCAAAGUAUAAGUCACAAACCCAGUCAAACUAUGAAAAAAAGUGUGACUUGUAGUCUGGAAAAUACAGUAAUCAUUCUAGAUUGUCAUCUUUUAUGUCUGUAAUAGCUGCCACUCACCAGACAUUUGUGGUGAAUGUUGUAUUAGGCAACAAGGGGAUAUUCAUUGCAAGAAAACACUUGAUCAGUAAUGAGUUGCUUUGACCACAGGGGGCGCCAAAAUUGCACAGUCCAAAAGUUCCUCAUAGGAGCUUUAAAGUGAUAUUAUUAGUAAAGAUACCCAUGCAGGAGUCAGUGCCAUGGUUGGCUCAUCCUGGUCAUCUGAACACACCUCAGUCUCAUUUAGGUACAUAAGAGUUUUAUGUUAAUUUCCUGUGCCCUGUCAUUUUUGUCUCACCAGAACUGCCUGAGAACUGGACAGACACGAAGGAGACCCUGCUGGAGGGGAUGGUGUUCAACGUGAAGUACCUGGGGAUGACUCUGGUGGGCCAGCCCAAAGGGGAGGACAUGGCCUCAGCUGCCAUUCGUAGAAUUGUUGCCAUGGUGAGACACUAAUCCUCCUCUGACUCCUCAAACUGCUGAACAGUGUAAUUUAUUCUGACUUCAACACUUCACAGUCAUCACAGUCUUUCAAAGUACUUCAUAGUUUACAUUCUGAUGUGAUAUAACCCUGUAGCAUACAUUUUAGUUGGUGACGUCAGCGAUUUCAUUGCAACGAGAAAUUUUCAAGAGAUGUGUGACACUGUGAUGAUUUCAAUCACAGCGAUGCUUUUUAUAGAAAUUCUCAAGUGAUUUGGUACAAUUAACGCCUCAAACUGCAGCACACAUUAUCAGAAAGCCUCGAAGGGGAAUACUAGUAAAUUAAAAAUUGAUGCGUCUUGUUCAGGUGAGCCAGGACAGUGAUUUAUGAUGGGGCUGUGUUGCUCUCUCCAGGGUGUAUAUUCUCAUAUAUUUACAUUAAAUCAUUAGGAAGGGUGAAUCUUAAUGUAAAAUAUCAUUUAUGGCUGUAAAGCCUCUACUGGACAAUCCAGUUCAGUUUGAAUGUGGAUAUUUAAGUUAAAACUGAUGUACCAAGCAACAGUUUAGGGUCAAAUAUUCUUUAGAACUGUAGAAAAUAGUUUUUCUCAGUGUCAUUUCUGAAAUCCUCUCAACAUGUCGCUGUAGGGAGGUUCAUGUUUCCUCAAGGUGAAUUCGGCUGCAUGGAAACCCAGCUGUUAAAUCCAAGAUAAUCGAUGGGAGCACAUGUGCAGCGGUCCAAGCAGUGAUAUGAGGUUGACUUAACUUCAUUGGACCAGACAGGAUUUCAUCGAGCAGUUUCUACAUCAAUUCAGAAUCCUGCUGGUUUAACAAGAUUGUUUUGAAAAUUGUAAAUCAGUCCGUCAGGUUGAAACCGAACAGAAAGACACAAUAAUUUUCACAUUUUUGUGCAUGCAUACCCUCACACAUGUACCUUUUCAGUGAAUCCUGCCAACAAUUACAAAGUCUAAUCUGUUGGCUUUUUCUGCAGGGCAAGGGCCGAUAAUCACAAACCUCCUGCUCCUUCAUUAGAGACUGAAGUGAACCUAAUGGCAGGAUUAAGAUUCACUUGAUUUACAACAGUACCAAAAAGGAAAACACACACACACACACACUGUUGUCUCUGUCUGUUCCCUUGGAAACCAAUCAACCUGAAUGGGAUUAGUGAAUACAUUUGUGACUUUUUCCAUUUUUCUACAUGCUUCAGUCAGGAUUGAUAAGACAAAACCGGGGGACCUGACGCACUCAGAGAGGCUGAACUUGGCGUAUCUCAAGCUGACAGAUUGCUUUUUGCCUCGUGGCACGACAUGAGAAACAUGACUGAAGAAAAUGUGAUUGUUAGCACUUCCUACAUGAAUGAGCUGCCACUGCCAGCCCCAGCACGCUCUCCCCCUCUCCUUAUGAAGCCAGUUUCCCAUAUAGUAAGUGUAGUGCAGUGUCUGCUGUUCUCCAGAGUGUUUAGACUGCUACAGAAAACCCCGACCCCAUUUCUCUUGUCCUUCAGAAGUCCUGGUUUUGGUUAAGCGCAGAUCCCGCUACUUUUUAUCCUCAAAAUCCCUUCACUGUUAGCCUUCACUUGACCUCCUGUCAAAAUAAAAGCACUCUGAUGCAUGGUGGAUGGCGAAGUAAAUGAUGAAAUCUCUGCUGUUUAUUUCCUAACGCCACUCUGUAUCUUUAACUUGAUAUCAUCCGGGUGUGAAACUAAGCUGCUCUCAUUUGCCAGCUAAUUGCACAGCAAGGAGGGCCGUUGUCAUUGUCAACAGGCGCUCUCAUAGACCGCAAGCUCAGCAAUGUGGCCGUUAUUUUCUGAAAGUCCAGAUGGAGGAGAGCAGCAGGGGAAGUAAAUGGCUGCCAGCCCGACCUCGAGGACACAUUCUGGGCUACACAUUGCAGCUCCUCUCCCCCCUCUGUUCUGUCACCUUUUUAUAGAUUCCCAACAUUUCUGGGACGGCUCAUGCAGGCUGCUUAGUUUUGCCUGGUAACUGUCACAUAAGAGGGUCCAAGGAGGAAAAUAAGAUAUAUACAUGUGAGGGACAGGACAAGCAACCUGUCUACACCUGUGGCAAGAUUCUUCUGUCUGAUUUUAGUGUUUACAUGUGUUUUUCUCUAUCCUCAGGCCAGAGCCAGUGCUAAGAAGUUUCGGAAAGUAACACUGACGGUCUCCCCAAAAGGCAUCAUAAUCACAGACUCAGAGACGACAGACCUCAUAGAAAACGUCUCCAUAUACAGGUAAAUGAAAACCUGCUACUAUAACAAGAGAUUGAAAACACAAUUCAGCUCAGUGUUGAUGUUUAUGGAGACUAACGUUUCAGCAGAGUCCACAUUUGUGCUGCACCAGACUGUACUUAAGUGCCCAUUGAACACAGGUAUUUUUAGUCCUGAUAGCUGCAGGGCCUCAUGUUUUCAGAGUCACUCUGUUCAUUUCUCCAUCUGCGCUUUUGUAUUUUGGUCUGCCAACAUGUCGCUCUGACUAAAAUAUCUCAACAACAAGGGGAUAAAAGUUGUAUGUAGGAAACCAUUUAAUCCAGAGGAUGAAUCCUGCUGACAUUUAACAUCCUGUAUCCUUACUGUAGUGCUGCCAUGGGUUGAAUUACUCAUGUUUUUAUUUGUGAGGUAUUGUUAGAUUGUACAUACAUGAAAAACUGAGGCAGGGAGAGCAGCAGCAGCUUGGGUAAAAGCCAUAGACUGGAUAUAGAAUGGACGCCGUCUGCCACCCAGAGAACAGCACCCUCUGGUGACGGGCCGCAGUAUAAGUCAUAAAUCCCGCCCCCUCCAGCAAUCCGUAUGGAGCUGUGGACAAACUUUAGAAAUUAAUUACACAGAAUAUGAAUUUUUCUCCCUCCUGGUUGCGAUGUUGACAUGCAGUUAGUGUAAGACUGGUUUGUGCUCAGGUCCUCUUUUUUUCUGUGAAACUCCAUUUUUAAAACUUAUUAGGGGGUUCAUGUUUUCAGUGACUGACACUUGAUACAGCCUGUGGAUGUAUGAAGAUUGUGUAGCUCACCUGGGGUUACGCUGUUUAAGCUGAGUGUCAUCACAGCGACUCUUGGCCACUGUCCUGCCGAAUGCGUACAAUGCUACUGCAAAAGUGGUGGUUCCAGGAAGUGGAGAUAUAACCUGGAAAUGUCAAGAGCCAUUCAGCCUUAAAUUGGUGUAAUGACAGAAGGCUGAACCAAGUUGUCCAUAGUAUAUACAGUCUAUGGUUGUGAUCGAGAUUACAGCUCUUUGUUGAGACCUCGAUCAUUUGACCCAGCAGCAACAACAGCCAUGUCUUCAGGUACAAACAGCUCCCCAUUGUAUCAGGAACUGUAUCGGCUGAAUAACAGGAUUCAAAGAAGGAAAAGGAAACCAGCUGCCAACUGGGCACAGGCUCAUCUCCCACUUGUUAGAUCUGGAAUAGGUUGCACAGAAGUGAGUGUCAGAAUCAUGUCAUCCAUGACCCACCUAUCGCUGGGAAAAAAAAAAAACAAUCAGGAAGGAAAAAAAAAACUGAAAAGGCAUAAACUCUUACAAAAUUAAGGAUGCAAAUUAAUUAUUAAAAGUUAAAGUAGCUGACUAUCUAAGCAGUGCUCUGAUAGCAUUGACUGCGCACUCACAUGCACCCUCUAGCUUCUUUAUUUUUUUGCUAAAACAGUCUCAAAUGACGCCCCAUCAUCAGUCAGAUAUACCUUGAUGGCUGUUGAAAUUGAGCAAGUGGUGUGCAAUCAGAGGGGUUUUGUAGCUUGUGGCACUGCACUGCGAAGCAUGCAACUUGUGUGCAAUCAUUGUGUUGCUGAUCCUGACAGUGAGGAAACAUAAGAACGCCUGAUACCAUAUUUCUGUGUUAUGACAGAGCCGUCAGACCUACACUCAAACAACAAAAUGUACAACUAUUCCUUUGUAACUUCAAUGAAACUCAAUUUUUCAGUUUUUGAUCUUCUUGGAUGUCUUGAAGAAGUGGAAGAAAGUAUUUUGAAAGAACGCUUUGUUAGUCUCCACAUUUGGUCUUUUAAGUCUGAUUUAUCAUGCCCUAGUUUUCAAUAACUUGCAAGGAUGUUGAAUAUUUGGGAGUGUUUCAAUCCAGAAUUAGUCUUUUCUCCUUCUACACACUGUGCCUUUAAGUACCAACUGUAUAGGUUAGCAUGCUCACAGGUUUACCAUAGACUGUAUAUACUAUGGACUACUUGGUUCCGCCUUCUGCCAUUAUACAGAUUUGAAGCCAAAAAGCUCUCAGUAUUUCCGGGUUUUUUCUCCACUUCCUGAAACCAACAUUGUGCAGUAACAUUGUAUGCACUCCACCACUUGCGCAGUGGCGUUGUACACAUUCAGCGGGAGAGUUGCAGAGAGUCGCUUUGUUGAUGCUCGCCUCAAACAGCGUAUACCCUAGGUGAGCUAUCUUUGUACACCCAUAGGCUGUAUCAAGUGUAAAUCAUGGAAAACAUAAACCCCCUAAUAACUUUUAAAAAUGGAGCUGCACAGAAAAAAAGAGGACUUGAGCACAAACCAGUCUUACAGUAACUACAUAUCAACAUUGAAAGCAGAUGGGAGAAAAAAUAAUAUUCUGUGUAAUUAAUUUCUAAAGUUUGUCCACAGCUCCACAGGGAUUGCUGGAGGAGGCGGGAUUUAUGACCUUUACAGCAACCUGUCACCAGAGGGAGCUGUUCUCGCCCAGCGAGGAGGCAGACAGCGUCCAUUCUAUAUACAGUCUAUGAGGUUUACCUGUUAGCCUGCUAACAAGUAGAUGAAAUGUGUGACUGUGCAGAAAACAGCGAACAACUCUCCCUAGCAUUGCCAUGAAGAGCUUUUUGCAACACGGACAGUAAACCAUGUAGACUGGAGAGAUGUCAUUGUGUCCAUUUGUACUUUUAUAACUGUUAAUCUUCCUCAUAAAUACAUUCUUGUUCAGGGCGGCAAAGUGGUGUAGUGGUUAGCCAAGACCCUCUUGCCUCACAACAAGAAGGUCUUGGGUUUGAAUCCGGCCCAGGGCGUUUCUGUGUGGAGUUUGCAUGUUCUCCCUGUGUCUGCAUGGGUUUCCUCCCACAUCCCAAAAACAUGCCUAAGUGGGGUUACGUUAAUUGGCCACUUUAAAAUUGCCCUUAGGUGUGAAUGUGAGUGUGGAUGGUUGUUCAUCUCUAUAUGUCAGCCCUGCGAUGAACUGGCGACUUGCGUCCAGGGUAUCCCCUGCCUUCGCCCGAAGAUGCUGGGAUAGGCUCCAGCCCCCCUGCUACCCAUAACGGGAAUAAGAGGUAGAAAAUGGAUGAAAUGGACAUUCUUGUUCAAUUUAAAAAGACUUUUUAGAUCACUGUGUCUCAUCAUAUCCUAUUCAAUAGUUUUUUUUUUCUCUAGCAGUGUGCAGUGAGACACUAACAGUCCCAGUGACCUCAUUCUUAUAGUACUACUGUCUUCAUGCUCAUAAUUGAAACUUUAAUGCUGAACAUAAUGAAAUUCAUUCACACUUUCCAGAGAGUCACUCUGAAUGAUUGUACUGUUAUCUCAACAAGUGACUUCUUUACUCAUGAGUAUAAUAUAUGAAUCAUAGUCAGCGAAUACUGGGUCAUUCAUCGGAUUCUUCUUGUACCAAGCAAACACUGUUAUGUUUUAUUCUUGACGAUUGGUUUGUCACCUGCGUUAAAGAAAAAAAAGUGAACAACUUGGCUUUAUCUGAUCCAUGACACUCUCUUAUGUAGGUCACUCUGCUCUGUCCAUGGCUGUUUGUGCUCCAUUAGACCGAGCACUUUCCUGCCCAGAGCGUCCAGUGUUUGAUCAUUUCACAGGAACACCAUUGAUGUAAGGGCAGGAAAGCCUCAGUAGGGGGUGUGUGUUACUGUCUCUGAGUCAGUGAAUUGAACCCCCUUUAGUUACACGCUUGGCCUCUUCACACCAAACCAGUGAAGUGUGUGUGUGUGUGGGUAGCGAUACGUUUGGCUUGUCUUCCCUUCUUGUUGGAGAGCAUCCUGUAAUAUAGACCCAGCCUCUUGUCAUUGAGGAUUACACUCAAAAUAUCAUAUGGCUGGACUGUGAUUACCAAACAGGCUGUGAUCGAGACAUGAGAGUGUGUCUCCUGUGUGUGUGUGUUUGUGUAUGUUGGUUCGAUCCCUUUCUUAUCCACCUUAUCGGCGCCAACAGACCACAGGCGACGGGGAAUCAGCCUCGUCUUUGAUCUCCUUCUUUCCUCUCCUUAUCUCCUCUUCUCUUCUUCCCCCUUUCAUUAUAGCCGUCUAUAAACGAGUCUUUCUUUCUGCUCUUAUUAACAUAAACAGAGAUAUUAACGUAGGAAUACCCAUGACUAAUUGGCCACUUUGAAACUCAGGCUACUUAAACUCCAUAGUAAUGAUGGCAGAGAGAUAGAUGGGCCACAUUCAGAGCGAGGGUUGACUGAGGAUUGAUUUUUUUCCCUCUGUUAUGAGACCCCACCCCCACCUCUUCUUUGCCCCUCUCCCUUUGUGCACCUCCUUUCUUGUGUCUUAUUUUAGUUACACAUAAUCCAUUUAUUGGCCAAGAAAGCGAGUGAAGUGUGAAAGACCGUGGAGUGCAAGAGAAUGGAUCAGAUCAGACUGUUUAUUGGGCAUAACAAAUAAGCAGAGAAAAAGCAGGAAACGCAAGGUUUGUGUGUUUGUAUUUGUGCACACACUGGCCGUCCAUGCGUGAGUGGACAUAGAAGCCUAUAAGUAUGCGCCUCACACUCUUGGGUGUGCAUGUAAAUGUCUGUUUUUGUGGCGUUAAUUGUGGAUUCACACCUAGUGGAGGUCUAGCUUUGUCCCUCAGGGGGAGGCUUAGCGAGGAAAAAACAGUCAGGGAGAUAUUGUGCAUCACAUUUGAAAUAGGAUCCUCUCAACCAUGACCCUCCCAGCCCCCUCCACCCACACCCACGCACUCACUUACCCACCCACAUUGUGCUAUCAUCCUCUGUUUUUUGCAUUAAAGUUUUCACACUUUUAUGAACCGAUAUUUCAGCCACUCAGACUUCAUUGCGUCUAAUUUGCAGCUUCCAAUAUUAAAGUUGUUUUAACUUCCAGUAGGGGCAAAUGUUGCUUGUGGCACCGCUGUAGGUCUUGCUGCCGGCACUACUCUGGAGGUUUGAUGAUAACUCGACCAUAAAAAUGUUGUGAAAUACUUUGAAGAGUAAUUUCUUAUCAGUUAGGGAGUAAAAAAGGCAAAACUUCAGAGAUGGUCACUGGCCAGAUACAUACAGACAUAAAGAUGUAGGGAUGCAUGAUAUAUAUAAAAGAUCUGAACAAAUAUGUACCAGGAAUUUGAUUUGGAUGUAUACCCUUGUGUAGUCACGCCCACCUCCAGAAGUGCCAGGGCAACACAAAGGUGAGUGUUGACUUGGAUUCCAAAUCCCCAGAUCUCAAUCCAGCCCAGCAUGUGGAAUGCUACAAACAUGAUCCCUGGAGGCCCCACCCCACAGCUUACAGAUCUUAAAAAGUCUGAUGUGAACAUGCUCAUAUGGUGCCAGAUAACACAGCACACCUUCAAAGGUCUGGUGGAGUCCGUGUCUUGUUAGUUUAAGGCUGUUUUGGCAGCAGAGAGGGGUUCACAAUAUUAGGCAGUUGAUCAUAGCGUAGUGGCUGUUCCCUGUUGAUCUCAAGUGCCGCCCUUCAACACAUCUAGCUUUGACUCUAAUAACUGAAAGCAAUGAAAACCAACAGGCCUCACUUUGAUCGAACAGGGCAGGUUAUAUCAUCUGAAGUUGUGACAUUUAAAAAGUAAACACGUCUUUGGAGUGAGCCAAGCUCGCUGUUUGACUCUUGAAGCCACGCUGAGUUAAAAUAACUCUCUCCUGCACUCGCUGCAUGCUCUGACCAAAGAUCUAAGUCUUGGGGAAUAUUUUUUGAAAAUGUUGCACAUUCUUUUUCCUUCAGAAAAUGUUAAAUGAUGAGAAAAAAUCUUGACAUAUAACAGCUGUGACUAAAAGUUGAGAAAGAAGAAUGGCAGUGUUAUUUCUAUUUUUAACUGAUGCACAGAUUUAACACAUUUUCAGUCAGUAGAGGUGGGAGAAAAUAUUGAUAUAGCAUAGUAUUGCAAAUUUUUUUCUGGUGAUAUAUCAUAUCUUCUCAUUUACCAAGUAUUGAUUUUUCAAAAUAAUUGUUAAUAUGAAGUCAAAUCUUUGAUAAUGGAAAAACAAAAUCAACUGUUUGUCCAGUGAGGUUGACAGGGGUGACAUCAUAGAGCAGAAGAAAACUAGUACAACAAAUAUAUAUAAGGUUUGCAAGAUGUGCUACAUGAAAAUAUAAUACAGUGUAAAUAAGACAAACAUAAAGGAAAGACAAAUGCUUAAUUAGCUAAACAGUUGAAAAAAUUGUAUAAAUUGUAAUAUAUUGUAUCAAAAUACUCACCUUAUCGCAAAAUGUUAAAAAUCACAAUAAUAUUGUAUCGUGGCCCAAGUAUCAUGAUAAUAUAGUAUCGCGGCCCAAGUAUUAUGAUAAUAUUGUAUCGCGGCCCGAGUAUCAUGAUAAUAUCACAUCGCCGCCCAAGCAUCAUGAUAAUAUCGUAUCGCAGGGCCACUGGUGAUUCCCAGCCCUAUACGUAAGUCAGUAUUGCUCAUGUGUUUACUGAUUUCAGACAGGUACAGGUUGCAAACUGAUUAAACUAAACUGAUCCGUUGUCCUGAUUCAUUUCUAAACAUGAGUGAAGAAAGUGAUUCUUGUUACUGUACAUCCCCCAGUGAGCUGCACACCAUGAGGUGUUGAGCCUCUAUCUGGACCGGUGUUUCAGAUUCACAUUCUGACAGGAGCUCUCGGACUCGACCAGCAUAUCAAUCAGAGAAUCACACGGAGCUGAGCGUUCUCUGACAGUCCACCUGCUAAUGAUGCUGCAUGUCCUGACACAUUGUUAGAUCUGUGAGAUUUUUAUACAGUUAUGAAAGCUUUCCUAAGAUUGAAUUAGCAGAAAUUCUUAAUGCUGCUUUUUAUUACUGCACAUAAAAUAUGUAAACAGAAGUAGUUCUAGUGAAAGAGCAUACCUGCUUUAUUCAGUGUACACAUAAGCUUUGAUGUGCGUGGCUCUUUUUCAAGCUUUGUACUGUGAAUAUUUAAAUAUUUCCACUGAUAUUCCCUCGCUGCCGCACAAACAGCGGUGCUCGACACAGCAAGGAGAUCAAAGGCUGGAGUCCACGGAGCCUCUUUGGAGAUAUGAUGCAGACUGACAGCUCAGCGUCUGUUGUUCGAGCUCAGAGAAAACACCGCCGUGCCGUCAGUUAUUCAUUUUUUUCCUGUUAUUGUUUCAAACUCGAGGAUUGUUUCAUGAAUGCCAGCCAUUGUUUGGCUUGCUGUAAUUAUUUUUUUGUUUGCACUGAUUGUCCUAUCACAAGUUCAAUCUGCAAACACAAGAGUUGACAAGAGUUUGCCCUAUUCAGGCAGCUCGACAGUGGAAAUCAAAGAAACAGCUUGUGUGUCUUAUCCUGGAGGAUGAGAUCUUGAUUGUGCACUCAAUGAAGCAGUUUGAGUGGCAUUAUUAUCAACAGGAUGCUUUAAUAUAAAGAAAAACUGUCACUUGUAUGAUCUUUAUGUCAGAAAUUUUGAUUUAUUGAUACUUGCAGAUAACAUGACUGUUUUAUUGUUUAGUAUCAGCAUGUUACUUUGAGCACAGCUUAGUGUUGAAAUUAUUUUAGUAGGUUUCUGCUGAAUUUUUAUCCCUGCAGGCGCUGUAUGUGCACUGACCUAUUUGCCUAUUUCCCUUCUGCCUACAGCUGAGUAUUCUGGGAUGUCUAACAACAUAGUGUGGACAAUGAACUGCAUUUCUUGCAGAAAUGUAUUCAUGAAACUCUGUUGCAGAACUUCACUUUAUCUUGUAUCUCUGUUAUAGUGUAGGAUUAGGAGAAGAUUGCACUUAUCCCCAGACUUUGAAAUCUUUAGGCUGUGUUAUUUGUCUGCCUCUCCAUAAUUGCUCGGGGCCUUUGUGAAAACCAUUAUUUGACUUGAUGAGAAAUCCUCAGUACAGGAGCUUUAAAUUUGAACUAUGAGAAGUUUGAAGUCAAAUCAAUGUGAUUUUUCCUCAUGAGGAUUUGUAUUAUCUUUGUAUUCAUAAAAACUAUACAGAAAAACUGCACGAUAUAUAAGGAAAACUCGUCAUCUCAUCUACCAUCUCUUUCAUCUCAGUUCUGGAAAUCAGGUUGUAUAUAAAGAUUUAUUCAAGUAAAAAUAAUUAAACAAAUCAUAGCUGUUAUGAAGUUCGUAAAAAUAGAUAAAUAUCUGUUUAAAUUGUAUAAAUCAGCUCAAGUGUGUGUGCAGAUGUUACGUCAAGAGCUCUUACAAUUUUUACUGCAGUAUCUGGAUAAAAAUGCUGCAUUAAUACCACUGUCACUGAGACUUUAUGCACCAUUGUGAAGUCUGUAAUGUAUUACUGCAUUAUAAUGAUUAAAGCUUCUACUUACACUGAUGAAAACCAAAUUCAGGGUGCAGGUCAUUGAGAGCAUUUAAGAUAAAUUGCAUGUCCCUACUUCCUCCUGUUGUAUAAUAGUGGAGCCAAAAUACCCCCAAAAUGACAAUUGUUGACAUUUUUUAUGGUCCCUUAUCCUUUAAAGCCCAUCUCAAAAAUGCUGUUGAUAUUUGGAAAUUAUCUGAAUCAUGAAAACUAAUUGCAAUGACAGAAUGUGUUUUGAGAUGAUGAUGAAAUACUGUUUUUUGUGUAUUUUGAUUUUCAAGUUUGUCCUGUUUAGCGAUGAGAAUUAAAAAUAUAUUUUUUUAAAUACUGGUUUUAUUAAGGAUUCUGCCUGUCAGUCCAAUUCUUCAUCAAUUCUAUAUUUUAAGUUUCUUCAUGGCAUAAACAGGUUUUACAGUGUCAUAUCAAGUUUUAUAGCCAUCACUACUCUGCUUGAAAGGGGGACGUCUGGCUUUUGAUUGGUCUGUUACAGGUCAGCUGAUUGCAGACACAGGUCAGCACACCACGACACAGCAAGGAGCAUCUAACUCACAUAGCCAGAACAAGAAAAAUGUAUUUUUGCUCUUCAUGGAUUAUAUAUAACUGCAGUGGCUUGGAUCAGGACAGACUCUUAGAAACAAACUGGUUUCUCUGUGGGACAAAAGGACCCUAGGUGUAGGGAGGCACCAAUCAGAUAUUUGGAUCAGUUAUCAGCUCCGAUAUUGACAAAUUAACUGGAUUGGAUAUCUGAUGGAUGACGUCGAUCCAGCGUUCCUAUCCAGUCUUUUUUUUUUUUUUUUUCAAUUAAUUUUUUUUAAAUACAUGGGAGUCUUACUUCUUUUUGCUGUGUGCUAAUGUGCAAUUUGUUAUUUCUUAAUAGAUAAUAUUAAGUAAAUCUAUAUCUGUGUUAAUUUGUUCGCUUUUUUUUUAUCAAGGCUAAUGUCAAGCCCGAUGCCUUCACUCACAGGGCAAGGUAUACAGUUCAUUCAUUCACCAGUAGUAUUGGAUCAUUAUCGGAUAUCAGCUGAUAUGCUCAGCCCAGGUAUCAGUUUCGGAUUGGAUCGGAAAAAAAGGAUCAGUGCAUCUCUACCCAGGUGUCCAAAAAAGCAGAGUUUAAGGCAGAAAAACUGAUGGUCUCAUGGAGAAAGUGGAUUUUACUAUACGACGUAGGAAGCACAUCAGUAUUAUAUUGUAUACAAGCCUAAUUUGUACUGCUCCUGUUUCGAUUGACUGAUUUGACUUCCUGGUUGUUUUUUACCCAGGUUGGAACUGGUCCUCACAGCGCAUUCCCAGUCCCGUUUGCUACUAUGAAGGUGACAAACCUAAUCACGUGUAUAGCUGCAAGUCAGUAGAGAGAGCCCUUAAUGUUUUGGCUUCACUUUGGGGGAGCUGUUAUGUUAUCCAUUGUUUUUAUAGAGUAGCUGGUGUACACACACAGCAGCAAAUUGCAAAUCUUUAGAGGCACAAUUAGUAUGCACAGAAUUGAGUUGAAAUCAGGUUGCAGAGAAUAUAAUGGGGAGAACGUAGAAAACAUCCCAAUCAGAUGAUAAUUAAGUUGAGGGUGAGCACUUUGUUACAUCACAGUGUUUUCCAAACUCAAAUAGGCCAACUUUUUUAACGUUUUCUCUGCUCAUUUUCUGCAAUUAAGGUCCAAAUAUAAGUUAUAACACAGGGGGAAAAUGGAGGGGGCAGGGGGGAUACCGAGCUGGGUGUCAGGGGCAUUACAAUGUGGGUCAUGCAUCAGUGGUGCAAGCCAGCAAACAAGGCUGCUGAUUUCAUGCUCGUUGUUUGAUGGAGUAAAGUGCUGCAUUUUUAGCGCCCCUCUUUGAAGUGGGGUUGCAGAUGAGUGGCUGCCUGCUGUGGAUCCUUUUUAUAUGCAGCAUGGAAGUGUGCUGCAAUGAUGACAGAUUAUUUAGACAUCAAUACAGCCGAGACAGCAGCCCUAUGGUGUCUUCAAUCACUGAGGAUGACAUGCUCUGAGUGUCAAAGCUGAAUAGUUAAUCGGAAGUUGGAUGUCUUCUUUCUAGAGGUAAACAACUUCUGUAGUUUUAUUUGAGGCUAAAUAAGUGCAAAAUGCAUCCGCUUUUGUCCUUGUGCUGCUCAUUUUAAAGGUUAUGUGUUUAAUUAGAGUGACAAAGGUCAUGUGCGUGACUCCCUGUGGCUCAUUUACACAUCUAUUUAAAGCCACAAACAUGACACGCUCAGCUGGAUCAGGUAACCGCCUCAGACGGACACACAGCCUGACUCUGGAUCAAUACUGAUUCUAACAGUCCGAAUAAAAUCCAGCCAAACAAAUCCAUCAGAUCUGUGUCUGUCGCUUUAGGAAACCCAUAUGGGCUUUUUGUGGGUGGCGUACUUGGCUAGAUUGGUUUUAGAUAACCAUUCAGAAUACUGUGGCAUGGACUGCAGAUAUUUGGAUGUCUUGUGACUGGAAAUAAGAUCCAGGUUUGAUUCAGUGUGACUGCUGGGAAUGGCUUCUGAGGCACUUUUGAAGUUGCAGUGGAGAUCAAUUCGUAACUCUGGAUUUUCCAUUUCCCGCUGACAUCAGAAACUUGGAUAUUUGAACAGGAAUAACUUUAAAUCGCGAGGCUGUCGGGGAGUUUGAAGACAGACCUUUGAUUUUCAGGUAUUUUUCAUGGGCUUUUGUGUAAUAGCAGAUUUUUCAUGGGCUUUUCUGUAAUAGCAGAUGUCAACAUCUCUAGUUUUUGCACUGUUCUCCAAUAAAUCAUGUUUUCAGGCUCGAUUACAUUUCCAAGCAGAAACAUCAAUCCACAAAGCAACAGCGUCUCAGCUAAUUUUUGCAUAAACUACACUCUUAACCCUAAAAUAUGAAACGCUGAAGAGCCCACUCCCAGCAUCAAGCAUCUCUCAUGGGUGUCACUGACGCUCUCGUGUCUCCUGCUUCACCAGCCCCAGCUGUGGGACCUCAUCAGCAUAAUAUUCAUAACCACUGCUUUCAUCCCGCCAUGAUUGGUUUGCUUAUGCAUAUGCGAGAGGGUUGAGGGUUGAAAAGUUAUAGGCCUUUAUUGACACAAAUGCAGUGCAGCUUACUUUGAAAUAUGAGGUAUGACUGAGAGUGCAGGGAGGUAGGUAAUGAACAGAACAUGACUCUCUUUGUUCUGCAUGCAUGUACUGUGAUUAAAUAAGGUGUUUGCCUGAAGACAUUCAGGGCAUAAAUUGGUUCCUGCCUGCUGCAGUUGCUCAUUUAUCACCAUAAAUGAAAUAAUGUCAGUUGGAUUUAUAGUAUUGGUAAGUGUGAGCAUGCUUCUUUGUUUUUCUGUUUUCUUCUGCAGAAUCUCGUACUGCACAGCGGAUAAAACUCAGGAUAAGGUCUUUGCAUACGUCUCCCAGAGUCAGUUCAAUGAAACGCUGGAGUGCCACGCAUUUCUAUGCCAGAAGAAGAAAAUCGUACGUAACUAGCGCCUGUAAUCAUUGAAUUUUCAUCUGUGUUCAUACUUCUAUUUGUCAUGAUGACAGUAUACAACCUUUUAAACUUGAGUAGGUCAGAAGGAGUGUGUGUGUGUCUGUUAUGAUGAAUGACAUCUGAGGCUGAGUGGAUUUAAUGUAAGCGGUGUGUGGCUCCAUCUUGUGGCAGCUUCAGCUCACAAGUCUGCCUAAUAAACUAAAAAUUUUAUGAAAAAGUUUAGAAAGUAUUUGAUUUUUUUUAAAAGGAUCUGAUAAUUACUGUAGAUUAUCAAAUACCUUUUUAAAUAUAUUCCUACAGACAUUUUCUGAACCAUAGUGCAUCACAUUAACUUUUGAUAGUGUUUUAUAUAUCACUCUUGAUUUUUUGUUUUUUGUUUUUAUUUGUUUUGUCUUUUUUUCUCUCCAGGCUCAGGCUGUGACAUUAACCGUAGCUCAGGCCUUUAAAAUAGCCCUCGAUCUUUGGGAGAUCGCUCAGGAAGGUGAGUCACCAAAUUGAAGGAAGGUCAAAAUCAAAGGUACUCCUGAUGUAUCCACAGGAAGUUUAAGCCCUAAUUUAAAGUGUUAUCCAAAGGGGCAAUUGGACCUGGUUGAAGUUCUUGAUAGGCCUCUUCAUUUUUGAAAGUUGACAAGGGUCACAGCUUGAGAUAUCUAACCUUUGUGACCAUGGGUCUGGCAAAUGGACCCUGCGGUCACCUGGAAGUCAUUGGCAGAGUCGUUCACCUUGUUUCCUCCAGGGGUGGUCACAUGAUCUUCAGUCAAACAAUUAUCGGUCACAUGAGUCGUCCUUGUCUUGUAGAACUUCAUCGUCUGUUUGAUCACAGAUGACAACUCGCUACUACUAGUUGGUGGGUACUUAACACUUAAUGCGCGCUAGUGACAGAGUUCAGUUGACAGAUGGCGGGGUGGAGGGGUAAAAUAUGGUAGUUUCCCAGCCAAAACGAGAUACAUGACAGCUAUGCCUUGGAUCAAGCCUUGGAAUAUCAUGGUCCAUCCUAAUUCCUAAGGAACUUCCCUUUCACAUAUGCUUCUCACAGCCUGGGUAAAAUGCUGUUUCUAUUAUUGCACCUAUGACAAACAACCAACUACUGUGACAAUUUUACACACAAUAAAAUGUUUUAUGGACAGUUCAAUCAUAAAAAAAACACUUUCAUUGGUGACUUAUUGGGGAUUAUUCUUGUCUGCCAAGUAUCAAGGCCCGAGGGAAUCAUCACUCUUUAACCUGCUAAAAGGCACACACAUUUCAGGGGAAAGGCAAAAGUUUACAGUAAAGAGGGUGCCACCCCACAACAGAGUCUUUAAAGGCAGUUUAGCUUGGUGGCACCAGACCAAAUGGUAGCUGGAUUAAAGUAAAAACUGAAUGGACAGUUGGACACAAAGAGAGGAUGCUUUGCUGCAUUUUAAAGCAGUCAGACUCAAGAAAAUUCACUGUGCUGUUAUUGCUGCUGGAAUUUUUAAGGUGGAGUGUUGUCUCUCAUGUUUUUCAGUGCAUGAGGUGACACUAUGAAUCAAACAAACAACCUUAAAUGUCAAAUUGAUCACUGACUGUUGUUUGUUUUUAUCUCUCUCCUAUCUCUAUCACAUAAACUUCAGUCGUAACAGCAUCUUGCUCAAUAAAGUGUGGACUUUAAUCAUGUGAAGCAAGCUGCUAAAAAAAUGUUAUUUCCUCACUUUGAGAAAAACUAUUCUGUCUGCUUUAAGGAGGUUUGGGCAGCAUAUUCUGCAAAAGUGACUGUACCUGUGCCCACAUCACUCCAACAUGUAUAACCACACAAACAAAACAAUUACACACAAUAUUUUGUUAUACAUAGCAAAGAGUAAAAUGCACAGAAACUCCACUCACGAUCCUGAUUUUUUUCCUGCAGUAUUCACACAUUAGCUCACCGUGACUUCUUAAGUUGGUAGGAAAACAUUUAGAUAAGUGCAUGGAGGACAUGUCUGAAAACUUUCAACAGUGCAGUGCAUGAUGUAAGGACACUCCAGGAGCUAAGAUUUGAGGUUUUUUGUGUUUUGAUCUUGUCUGCAGACAAAAGCAAGAAGGCCAGGACCUGCUGUUCAUGUGCGACAAACAACGGCCAAACAGAGACAACAGACACUCAGUGUGUUCCUGCAGGUUUGUGUCUGAGUUUUUCCUCCAUCAGUUUGUGUUUCUGCAUGUUUGAUGAAAGUUAAACAGCAAAAAACAGAGGCAGUUUAAUCACAGAAGAGGGUCAGAAAUGACAGCAUAUGAUUAACUGGACAUAAGCUGAAGUGGAGGAAACCAGAAACAACAAAAAAACAGGUAAAAACAUGCUAUAGAUGAUUUUAGGCAAAGGUCUGAUAUUUCUCAGCUGUCCCCUCUAACUCUGACUCAAUGGAUGGGUUACUAGACACAAUUUAUCAAUGUUACACCCAGCAGUGGAGUGGACAGCUCAUUAACAACAGUUAAUAAAUGGAUGAUCAGGAUUGGGAAAUAAGGGAUUUUUCUGGAAUCAAUCACAGCUUGUUUGUUUGAAUCCUUUUAUUUGAACUGACGAGUCCAGCCUGCUAAAUUUGGCCACCUGAGGUUCGGUGAGGAGCUACUGACACACACUCCUCAUAAAGCACACAGGGAGAUAUCGCCUAUAGUGAUUUAAAUAUUGAUUUUAGACGUUUUGUUUAAAAAAAAUAAAACUCUUGGAUAAGGAAUUUCAAGUUAAAAGUUCAAAAUGUGGUCAAAAACCUGUUCCUCUCCAGCUUUAGACCCUCCAAACUUACCAAUUAAAAGACUACCUUUCGACACACACCUGGUCACAGACUCUAAGGUGAGCCACACAAAUUAGAAUCUCGUCUAAAUACAGCUUAAAUAAUCAAAUUUAUAUCACUGUAUGUUAGGAAUAAUACUCAGUAAUGUGGAACAUGGUGGUUAAGUUUAGGUGUUAUCCUGACGUUUUCCUCUCUAUCAGGCAAAACUUAAAAUCUGGUUUCAACAGACGUGAAUUUAUAUACGGCAGUUAUCUUUCCUUUUUAAAAGCUUUUUUCUCUUUGUUUACACAUCUCAAACUCUUGAUUAAAAAAACAACAUAUAAAAAUAGGAGUAAUUAAUAACAGCGACAACUGAAUACAUUAACUAAUUCCUACAGACAGAGAGGGAUGAUGUGAUUGAAACCAUCAAUAGUCCAGGCAGAGCCUGAAGUUAAUAAGGCAGUAAUAAGCUACUGGAGUUACAGUUUGCAUUUAUCUUAUCAGACUAAAUUCUUCCAGGCUUUAAAUUCCUGACAGACUCAAUAGUUCAUAACAGAUCUGACAAAUUGAAGCCCCUGCAUUCAUCUGCAUAAUGAUUUUUAAAUGACCUUUUAAGGCUCUAGCAUGCAAACAGCAACCAGACUAGUCGUUUAGUGUCAUAGGAGCAUGACAUUAACCCCCCCUCACACAAAUUAAACCUCCGUCAAUCACAUUGAGGAAAAAUCAGCCAAUUAUACAGCACUCAUUAUUUAUUCAGGGGAGCAGAAGGUUUUUAAACACCUUCCAAUAGCCGUGACAUUUGUAGGUCAGGGAUAUUUUUCUGCUCCUCUGGGGUCAAAGAGUCCACAAAAUGAGACUUAAUCACCUGUUCAGGUUGUUGUUAGCUAAUGGCUGGCUUUUUCCAGCUCAUCCUGGAUUUAAUUGUGCUCAGUGUGUUACUGUGGAGGCCUGAGAACAGAAAAAAUGAUGUGAAAGCUGAAAGAUAACUGCACAGAGAGAUGGCUGAAAGUUGGACAGAAAUUAUUAGAAUUAUGCAAGAAAAGCUGCAAGCAGUUCUUUUUUAAAAUCUUAAUGUCAAUUUCUCUUUUCUGUCUCCUCUUCUGUUUACUCCUCUUUUCUCUUAUUUCCCCCUCCUUGUUUACAAACCCUCAUCAACACUCACCUCCUUCCACAGACCCAGAAACACACAAACCUGUCGGGAUGGAGGAGAAGCUGCGGAGGCCCUUCUUCUCUGCCUCGCUCAGCUCGCCCUCUCCUCGCAGUAACCCGACCAGAAGGCGACCAAUCAAACAUGACUCAUGGGUAGGUCGCAUUGCUUGAUGUUUUUGGCCUUUGCGUACACUGUGUGUCAUUAUUUUUCUGAGACUCAAAAUCUAAAAAUCUGUCAGAAAAUGUAUCUAAAUUAUCUUUUUUGUAUUCCUAGAAACAGUCUCAGCACCUGUUUAACAUCACAUUCACUGUCCUCUGUGUUCAUUAACAGAUAUCUGACACUAGGUGUCACCGUUUUCAUUUGAAUAUCUUCCCUGCAGACAGACUGACACAAAUUCAUCUGCAUUCUUCAUUUCUCCUCUGAAUUGACUCCUACCAUGGAGAAAAAAUGAUUCACUCAGAUUUCAUCAGCUUGUCAAACUUGAUCUGUUAAACUUCCCUCGACUACAGAUCUGCUAAACAUCAGGUGAAAUUUGUCAUAAACUGGAGUGAGGAAGAGAGGAGCUAUAAAGUCUGUCAAAAAGCGUUUAUAUAGAGCUUUGGCCCCAACACAUUAAUAUGAGCAUCAUAAAUACUGCACAACACAUUGGCUCGUAUGCACUUGAAUAAAAUAGGAAAUGAAAAACAGCUGACUCUGCAAAUUGUCAUGAAAGCAGCUGAUUAUAAUUCAAAAAAAUCGAUGCAUGUAUUGAUUCAUAUUUGUAUGUCUCAACAGGAUGUGGAUGAUGGACUGGAUGAUGCAUUCUCAAGGUAACCUCUAAAUGUAACAACAAGUCUGCUGAACAUUGAAUUCUCAUAUUUUCUGUUGAAUAUGAUCCUGGAAAAAAAGGAGAAACACAAAUAAUGAGUCCCAUCAGGCUGUUUGUGACAGCUAUAGUGAGGCUGAUGGUCAGCUAUCGAAGACCUUUAAGACUAUUUUAAAUAACAAAAAGCUUCAGUUUGACACAUUGACUGGCACCUUAUUUUUAUUCAAAUUGACUCACAUAAACACACUCCGACAGGGACAUGAGGUGGUGCUUUUUUUAGGUAGCUCCAGGCAGAGAGACGACACUGCAACCAAGGCAACAACGUGAUGUAGGAGGGUUGAAUGAAAACAAAUGUCUGCAGGUCGACUUAGUGGAUUGUGUAACUUAAUUUGGUGGUUGUACAUCUGUGUAUAUAACUCGUCAAUGACUUGCGGGCGAUUAGAUAUGGAGCUUUAAGAGACAUGAUAAACAGAUGUGUAUUUCUGUCGACAAUACCUCAGAAGUCAUGUGAUUUUAGUGAUCUAUGUGAACUCCUCUGAGGUCGCCCUGCCUCUCUGAGCCAGUGCAGCAAACAGCCACAACUCUCACUUCCUUUCCCAGCCGACACAAUGAUGGCCACCUCUCCUGACAGCUGUCUGGAGCAGGCAGCCACAUCCUGUAAGUGUGCUCAGUUAAACUGCAUCAACACUUCAUCACUGGGCUGAGAUCACAAUGCAACACUUUUCAUUUUCUUUUGAAAGAGUGACAGUGUGUGAAAUCAUCAUUUCAUGGCAGUGAGAUGCCCGCUGAGCAGCUACAGUGCGAGGCUCCGCUCAUGAGGGUGUGAUGAAAAUAUCUCUCUCUGUAUUAUCACUGUACACACACGGACAAAACUGCACUCUGGGUUACAGUUUGUGUGAUGGAAUAUUAUUGAGGCAUUAGAGAGAUGACUCUUUCAAGGUCCAUCAUAACCCACUCAAACUCUCUGAUAAUGUCCGUUCACGCGCAGUGACAAUUAUGAAUAUAGUCCUGAGGAUGUUUGAGCCCUCUCCGUUGCUUUUAAGCUCAGCUGAUGUGUGUGUAAGUGUCCUGCAGAGCUGCUUCAUCCCUCUUCAUAGAGUAAAGAGCAGAGGAGGGAUGGUGCCCCUCACAUAAAGGAGAAAACCUCCUCAUUAGUUUGUAUCGCCUGAGGCUCACAGCUCUGUGCGUUGGCCUGGAGCUUGGAAACACUUUAGUCAAAGCAAAUGAGCAAAUGAGGGGCAGAGAUUAAAAAUACAGAGUGUGGAAGUUACUGGGAGUGGAGGAGAUCAAAAGAGGAAGACAGAUCAUCACCCGCGAUGAUCUCAGCAGGGGUGAGGAAAGACCGGCCUCCCGUCAGGAGUGCGGAUAGGAAGGUGCAACGGUUAGAAAAUGCUAAGAGAUUCUUAAACGAAAGAGCAGAGGUAAGCGUUAACAUCAAGCUCUGCUCUGACUGCGCUCCAGUGUUGGAGAGGAUCUGUCCUGAAACAUCAGAGACUCUGGAUCACACAGAGAUGUGGUGGCUGGCUCUGACACCCCUCUGCUGUUGCAUAAUACAUUUGGGAGUGCUUUAAACAGAAGAGGAGGCCUGUAGUCUUUGCCUCUGGGAACCUUUCCCAAAGCUUGGAGGGACAGGCAAAGACAGGCCAGUGAAGAAAAUAUUUUUGACAAUUUGAUAAUGUGAACUUUACAAACUGCACUGCAAAGUCAGGAAUACUCAUCUGAGUUUAGAAAGUCAGACUUCAGUUGACAAAUGAGACAGAAUUAGAUUUUGAUCAGAAAUCAAUACUUAAGCUUACAGGAUAAAAUAAGCAAAGCCUGCUUUGUCCACUAGGGGUGGGAAUCACUAGUGGCCCCACGAUAUAAUAUUAUCAUGACACUUAGGCCACGAUACGAUACUAUUGCGAUUUUUAACAUUUUGCAAUACAGUGAGUAUUGUGAUACAUUAUAUUGCGGUUUAUACUAUUUUUUCAACUGUUUAGCUAAUUUAGCAUUUGGCUUUUCUUUAUGUUUGUCUUAUUUAAGCUUCGUUUUAUGCUGACAUGGUUAGAGUCUCCUGAUAUUAUUAUUAGUGCUUUAGAAUGAUGAGUCUGUCUCCUAGCAACAGUAUGAUGGAGAACAUCUCAGCUGUUGCCUUGGGUGGGAUGUAAAUAAGUAUAGUUAUGACAUGACUGAACUUCCUUGGAAGAUAAUAUGGCCGAAGAGCAACUGCCAACAGUUUAGUAUCUGGACAACAGAUAUUCUCCUUUACAGUUAUGUGUGAAGAGUUGAAACAUCUUUGUUUAACAGAUGAGGCCAGUUUGACAGCACACUCAAGAAUUUCCCUGUGAAUGAUGCAUUUGACUGUUAAAAGCAAUCAGGAUGAGAUUUUUAGAUAUAUAUAAUGCAGCAAAUUUGCCAAAAGCUGAAAGUACUGAUUUGGGGGGGCCAAAAUCAGCACAAGGCAAGUCAAGUCAAGACAAUAGCACCAUUCAUCCACAAGGCCAUUCAAAGUGCUUUACAAAUGCAAGGAAAUACAUAAGGAAUUAAAAAGAGAAAUUAAAACAAUUUAAAAUCAAAAAUACUCAAAUGUAGUAGUAGUAGAAAUUUCCCGGCAGCAGCUUUAAUGUUCAGUUGUUGCUCUUUUCUUCUUGCUAGUUUUAGGUUUCUGCUAGUGUUAAUUCAGAGAAAGUUUUAGUCUACAGUUGGUUGCUCUGUAUGUUGGUAGUUAAUUGUAAAACUGAUGCAAAAGAAGCUGGACAGCCUCUAGGGGGCGCUAGCAGUGCUUUCUAGUUGUAUAACUCUCACCUCAACCAAAGCACUCAUACCUUCCUCUGUAGAAUCGUUUUUAAUUAAGUGUCUGAGCACAGGUCGGGGAUUAGGCCUCGGUGAAAAGUCCAACAGUGAGAAAUGAAGAAAAUGACUCAAACAGCGGCUCUCUGCUCACGACUAUUGACACUGACUUAAUUAAGUGGUUAGAUUUGUAUUAAAGGUUUCUAAAUGGACAGAGACCUUUGAGUAAAGAGGACUGUUAUGUAAGUGGCAGCCUGCUACUGAGGUGCUUUUAAUAAUUUAACCCCAUCUAAAUGUUAUGAGUUCUUUUUUCAUCAUUUCAGCCUCCUUUAAGUGCAUCUCAAUGGCAGAGACAGAGACUGCACACAUAAUAACAGUCUCUCUUUUAAUAAUUUCUCAAUAAAAGAGUCUAAUUGUCUUAAAUUAAUCACAACUCUACAAAUAAACCAUGUUCUCUAGUCAUUAUUUCCUUAUUUUUCCACCUGAAUGCAGCAACAUGGAGGUAGAGGAGAUGGACACUGGUAAGCUGCACGUUCGAAGUGUUAUUUUCUUGCUUGGUUCUGCAUGUUGCAUGAGGCCCAGCAUUUAGAAAAGCCCUUACUCUUGGGCAGACCCUUCUCUAUUUACUGUAACAGUGAGGCUGACAGUAUAGAGGAAAACAGAUCAUCCAAAUGAGUGUCCCUCAUUCUUUUUACGAGUUGGCAUGUCCCAGGAAACCCUCCAAACUACAUCCAUCUGUUGAUUUUUGACUCCAUCUGUGCUGGAAAGUACAUGUACAAAUUGUGAUGUAGUGCUCUUUGUGCUUCUCCCCCCAUCCACAGUUAUCUGUUUCAUUCAUUUCUUCUCCCUCAUUGCUCAAACCAUUUAUUUAGUUACUUAUCAAAGUUCUUAACAUAGAUUAAAAUUAAGGCAGACGUCCUGUUUUCGCCUUCUUUCAUUAUGCAGAAGUGAAGCCAAAUUAACCAAAACAAAACACAACUUUGGUGCUGAUACAGAACUCUGGUGCUAGGUGGGGGUGUUUUUAAUUAAUUAUGGACUUAUAAGCUUUUUUUUAGAGAAACUGAAAAGGAGGUAACUGGGAAGAAAGAGUGGAAGACAUGGAACAAAGGGCUGCAGGUUUGGUUUGAACCAGGGCUGCCUGACUGGGGAGCAUGAGCUACUCCAUCCCCAAAACGAGUGGAAGUUUUUUUUAGCUGUAUAAUUUGUAAAAAUGAGAAUAUCUAGUGAUGUCAUUGAGGUGAUGGUGGCCUUUAGAGACAGGGAGAUCCUGUGUUACAUGAUCAAUCUGAUCUUCUAUCUGUCCUUUCAUUACCAUCAGAAAAUUCCAUCAAGAGCCGCUCUCCUUUUAUCCAACACCAUCUUCCAACUGGCGCAGGUCGGGGUUAUUAUCCUGAAUUAAAACUAAUGAAAUCACGCAAACUAGAAUUGAAAAAACAUUUUCGUUAACUGAACUAAAUAAAAACUACAAUUAAAAGGAAAAAAGAUAACUAAAAAAAAAGAAAAAUUAACUUAACUAACUUAAACUGUAUUGUGUGUUUACAAAACUAACUGAAGCGUAUUAAAAUUAAAGAUAAAAAUCCCUUUGUUUGUAUUUUUGUCAAUUUCGGAUUGAUAUGUAAUUGUUUUAUUUUGCCUGAGCAAUUUUAUGUGAGCUAGCUGCACCCUACAGCACCUUGGUGAAUAGGUCUAUUUGAUAACUCUGCCCAGAAACACUGCCAUAGAGCGGGAGCGCCGUUUUAACAUUACGCACACGCGCCACUGCGGAGUGCUGCGUUUGACUCUUAAAAGGCAGGUGUCUCUGUCUUGGCCCAGCAGCGGGGACGUUGUUGUACACUCCUGAAAGGGUGUGGGACAUCAUUUGGGCCAGUACAGUUUUGCACAAAGUUGCACUGGAGAAUGGAGUGCCAUUGGCUGUGCCGGUGAAACGUGAGGACUCGAUGCCCGUAGAACAAUAACAAGGAGAGGCUCCACAAAAGGUUCUGUGCAGAGGAGACAGGACCUUAUCGGUGGAUUCUGACAUGUAAAGUAUAAGUUUAGAAAGUGCUCUUGCUAUUAAAUUAGUGAUAAAAAUUCAAUGGAAUUCCAUAAAAAUGUGCCUCAGGGGCAGCAACACACUGUUUGGUGAGGUUAAUAAUUAUUUUUGUUCAGCCUCUGUCAGAUUCUAUUUUUAAUAAUAGGAGCAACGUACCCUAUGUCAUGGCAAUAAAAAAAUAUGAGGCAUGUAUGAGAUAUCGAUUCAUUAUCAUGGGCAAAUUUUUGACUAAUGAUUUAUUCAAACUUCAGCCACUGUCCACUUUUCCAUGGCAGCGCUGUUCACCGCCACCAUAAUCCUGCUGCAGACAGGAGUUUUCUGGACUGCUUUUAUUCCAGUUUUGAUGCUUCCAAAGAGAACAUCUUUGUUAGUUUCCACCACAGAUGUGAGGAGAUCCACUGUCAGCUCGGAAAAGUUUCACAUCUUUCUAAUAUUUCUCCUCUGUCAUGUUUGACCUCAGUGGGCGAGGCUUCUGAACCAUGAAUAUUUAAAGGCAUUACAUGUUAAUGACGAUCGAUUUCAGCCGCCGCAUUUAUCAAGACCCGAUCAUACGUACGCUAGGAUUGGUCAGAUACGAACCCUUUCAUCAAUCUCACGUGUGUCCUAUCAUAGGAUGAAUCCUGCGCUCAGAUCUGCGCAAGCUUGAUAAAUGAGGGCCUUUGUGUUUAGAGUCAGCUUCUUGUUACCAUUCUACCUGGCAAAAUGGCGACAAAACUCAGGAGAAAGCGCCAGAGUUCUAUAUGAAAUUUCUUUAAAUACGGCAGUGAAAAAGACAAAAGCAAGUACCUUGUAGAGAAAACUGGUGAGAAAAUAUGUGGAAUACUUCUCAAGAGGAAAAAACUCACAAAUCUGAAAUUCCAUUUGAGAAGCUGACACAAGAACGCUAAUCGGGAGUACCUUGACAAAGAGGCCUUUCUGAGUAGCUCCCCUGAAAAAGAAGCAACAUUUCGGCGAGGAGAUAGCACCGGGAAGCAGGGGACAACCAUAAUAGACCGUUUCCACUGACGACCAAAGAGCUGCUGGUUAGUAAACAUUCAGGAACACCUCAAAUGUGAAGAUGUACUCGUAAAUAUGUUUACUGAGACUGGUAUGUCUACAAGACUGUGUGAGUCGAUUUUAGUUUAGCUUUUCACUCACUAACCUUAUUGCAAAAUAUGAAAAACUAAAACCAAUAAAAACUAAACUAAAAUUAAUCUUUUGGGGGUAAAAAAAAAACAAAAACAAAAUAAGAACAAACCCGCUCUAAAAUCUAAUUAAAACUGAAUUAGAGAAAAAAAAAUCCAAAAGAAACUAAACUAUAAUAAAAAAUCCCAAACUAUUAUAACCUUGUUACAGGUGAAGCUGAAAUAUCAUCUGUCUGGAGUCCGGAGUCUGCCAGUUGUAGUAGGGAUUGACCAGUAGAGUUGAGGUCUUAGCUUUUUUUUUUUAAAAUGCACUUAACUUGCAAACACCCCUGACAUCACUAAACAGCUUUUCCUGUCUGUUUUGAGUGACUUGUGUCAGUACUGGUUCUGUUUUCAGCCAUUGUUCCUCCUCUGCUCUGCCAACCCAGUGCAUGCGGCACUGCAGGAACUGAACAGAGCUACCAGUCCUGAUGCUGUACUCUAAAUGUAACCAAGCAUUUGGAUUAUAUUUUGAUUUUAUGGUUUAAUUCAUGUUUCAUUUGUGACAUAAAGAAGGCAGAGUUAAUAAUAAGUCAUUCUCCAGACAGUCAAUAGGGGGAGCUCAAAACGUUUCAGCUUCACUUCUAGGGAGCUGCCAUGUCAUCCAUCUGUAAAUAGUUGUUUUUGACCCUUUGUAAUAAAUCAGUGUUUGCUGCCUGUCACCUCUGCAGCAAGAUCAUGUGUCUCUCUUUCUCUUUUUUUGUCUCAGAUUGGCCGAGUCCCGCUCCGAACCCGUCUCUGACAAUGCAGCUCUGAGCCCCAAGAGCUUCAGUCACAAUCUUUUGUCUUUCUGCAGAAAAGAGUUGGAAUAACACAAGCCAGCAGCACAGAAGUUAGUCAGAAAUCUAGCACAGGUCCCAGGAUCAACAACAACAAAAAAAGGACUCACAAAAACAGCAUUGAAUACCGGAGCAGAGAGGAAUACACAUCACGCUCCCCAGUGCACAAACCUGAACCUGAGAGGCUGUUUGAUAUUCUGCGGCUGCUGCAGAGGAGCCUGAAUGGAUACCCUGAUAUUAUAAACUGCUUUUGCUGCGAACACCUGCCAGUCAACACACACACUCUCACACACGCGCAUGCACAGACACAAACACACUCCACUCAGUGUAAACAGCCAUCUCCUGCCAUUUUCACAAUCCCACAAACUGCUAGAUGAGAAAGGAUGCCUUCUGUGUGUGACAGCCCCACUGCAAGGCAAGAAAAAUGACACGUUUCUGCUCCAAAAGGUGAAGAUCAGGAUGAAUGACAAGUGCGGGUCCUCAACGUUUGUCAAAACACUAAUGACACUUGUGAAACAGGGUGAAGAGGGUUGUAAAUAAGGCUGCAAUCUACUGGAAGAUUAAGUGUCUCGGCUUGUUGGUCUGAUGAGAAAACUGCAGCCAGUCAACAGAAGAAAUCAUAAUUUUUGAAAUUUGCUUUAAAGUGUCUGCCUUUGGAUCAGAAUUCACAAAGUAGAAUUAAACUUUUUCUUUAAAUUCACCUGUUCACAGAUGACCAAACUUUAAAAAAAAAAAAAAUCACUGCAUUGACAAGUGAGACACUGUCAGCUAAUGAGGUGCUGAAGACUCCGAACCUCAAGAAGAGUCACAGCAUCAAUACACCGGGUCACAUUAUUCAGCUGGGUCCCAAUAUUCUGCACUGCAAAGUCUGUUCGAAGCUCAUUUUUCACUGAAAGAUAACAAAAUAAUUAGUCUGCAGGUGAAACCAAAUCAAUAAUUAAAUAUGACCUCUGCACUCUGGUUAGGUCUGUGUAUUUUUCAUGAACCAACUGCCCGCCUGUACCCUGAAAAUCGUGUAUUAUUAAUGAAGCACAGUAACUGUGAUGCAUGUAGUUGCAAAUUAGAACUAAAGAAGAGGCAAUGAGAGAUUAUCAACUGGUCUCACUUAUUUAUUCGCUGUGCUCUUUGCACUACCCAACUUAUAAACCAGGUUUGACAUAUACUUAUCAGAAAUCCUGAUUCUACCCACAUGUUGACAUUUUAUUGAGUCUUUUGCAGAUCUUUGUUGAGUCCAGCUGCCUUCAAAUUAAACACAUGUUCUUGUUUGGCAGUGAUAUUACAGGAUGAAUAGAUGCUUGAUCUGACUGAGGGGAAGUGUCCUCUACUGGAAAGACAUCAGUGCAUACUCUUCAUUGUUAUGACUCAUCAACAUUAUUUAAAGGGAUAUUCCGGCGUAAAUUUAGGUUAUGGUCAAACACAUAACACAGAGUUAGACACCCCUGAGAGAGAUAAAUGUUGCUGACUGCUUACUUCUCUAGUUAUACCAACUUUAGUAAUGACCACAGGAAACAUCUUUUUAGCUUUGCCUGGUUUCUUUGGCAAAAAGACCAAACACAACUCACCCACUCUCCUCCAGCAGCUGCUUGUUUGUGGGGGAGCCCUGAUGAGUAGAUCACCGAAUGCUGCGAAGUUUCGCAGCUCAAGGAAGAACAUUUUUGAUCAUUACUUCAGGGAAAUGCAAUCAGACUGAGACACUAAGGAAGAAGAACUAACUCCUCUUCAGUACAAAAUGAUUAUUAUGAUGAUUACUACUUCAUAGAAAUGAUCCGCUGCACUCAGUGAUCGACUCGUCACGGCUCCCCAUCAAACAAGCGACUGCUGGAGGAGAGUGGGUGAGUUGUGUUUAGUCUCUUUGCUAAAGAAACCAGGCAAAGCUAAAAAGAUUUUUGGUUUGUAGUACAAUCGCUGGGACUCUAUAUGUACUGUUGAUGAAGUUAGGUGCUGUUCUGAGCAUUAUUUGUGGCUAUAAAGUGGCCUUUUGGUUGAGGUUUGUGCGUGGAGACAUCGACUGCUGUGUAUUGCUGUCAUGGGGUCGUUACUAAAGUUGGUAUAACUAGAGAACCAAGCAGUCGGCAACAUCUAUCUCUCAAGGGGGUGUCUAACUCGGUGUUACGGUGUGUUUGACCAUAACUUAAAUUUACGCCGGAAUAUCCCUUUAAAUGAACCUGUUGUCUGAACUUGACCCAGAAGUGCUUUCGAAUUAAAAAAUUACAUACAUUUAGGUGGAUUUGAAAGGACUCUGUGAUGAUAUUUACAUAGUUAUUACAGGACCAAAUGGCUAACUUUUAAUACAUUUUGCAUCAUGGAAGAAAACUCCUCCACUAAAGUUGAUUGACCAUAAACAAACGCAUUAAUAAACCUAGAAGGAAAAAGAGACAAAGACACAAAAGAAAAAGAAAACUUGACCUUCAUCCUGCAUCACAUCAAACUUUUCUCUCUUGACACUCCUCUAAUGAUCAAUUCUAUCACUGUCUGUCUUGAACGCAGCUUAUGUAACCAAACCGUUAAUGACUGCUCUCCGCUCUGUCGCCUCCUCACACAGCCAGCUGUCACUGUACAUAAAGAUGAUGUUACUGUUUGAGAAUAAAAACAAUGUAAGGUCACCAAGACGACUGUAGAGCAAGGCCACACUAUUAUUAGAGUAAAGAAAGCUAUUUCCAUACGCUGUAUUUUUUCAAUGUGUCUCAUCUGCUGUACUUGUGCAUAGUGUAUCAUUAUAAGAGAAUAAGGAUGGAUAGAGUCAGGGCUGCAGACAGGUUGAUCAAGAUAAUUAUGACUAAUUGAGAUGUGGAUGUGUAGAUGCUUGUUUGGUUUGUGUUAGGGUUAGUUUGUACAAAUGUAACUGUUUUAGUUUUACAAAGAUGCACAAAAAUCGGUGUAAAAUCUCAAAUGUUCAACACAGAUCACAAUUCCUCCUUUUCCUCUGCAGUGUGUGCAGCAAAACGUGGAAAAUCUUCUCACAGACGAAAUGCUCUUUAGACUCAACACAUUAUUUUUAUCCACUGCUCUGAUGAUGUUCACCGUCAAGAGGAUAUUACACUGUGCCCCCGUCUGUCUGGAGGGUCCCUCUCUUUGCAUUUGUGGCAUCAUGACUGAGAAUAAUUGCGGCAGCCGGUAGAGGGGAAAAGGGGGGCUCUGUGUUGUCAUGACACCGAACUCGAAUAACUGGACUGCUUAUUGUGUUACACCAUGACGCUUGAUUGCAUUGUUCGCUCUCUUUCCAGCAUAUUUACAAAAAGCCUCCAGCGUGUCCUUUAGCAGUUUUUGUUUCUCGGUAUCGACUGUGAAGUUUAAGGUCCAAAGGCGGUGUCAAGUUUUUGGUCCGACCUUUCUCCCUCAACAUCAAGAUUUUUGCAGUAAUUUUUUCACUUUCUGGCUUCUUUAUUGACUGGGAGAAUGAUGCAUGGGUGGAUACUGGAGCAUCUGCUGAUUCAGAGAUAUUGAGUGAUAUUGAGACAGGCAGCUGUCCAGAGCUCUCAGACAGGGGUGUGCCUAGAGGGGGGCAUGGGGCCCCCUUUGAUGCCACCUUAAAUCCAUAUUUUGCCAAACUUGUGCUCAAUAAAAAUUCAGCAUUAUGUUUCACUUAGAAAAAGUAUUUGAAAAAUUGGGAAAACUGGGAAGCUAAUGACAAAGCACUAAGAUUUUUCAUAAUAGCAUGCAGCUUCACUUCCAACUUAAAGCCCAGCAUGCCACAGAGCCUGGGAGGUGACAUUAUCAUUAUUAUUAUUUUUUAAUUUGCACAUACUAUUGUGUAUCGCACACGUGUUUUAUCAUAAUGCAGGUGCGAUUUAACUGUUCGUGAGAAACAAAAUCAUUUUCUGCAAGUCUGAAUAUCGCAGACAGAAAACUUGCUACGCUUUAAAGUAUCCUGAUGAAGUGUCUUCUACUCCAAACAAUACCAACUGUGGAUAAUCUAUAAAGUAUCUCUUUGUGAGUCAUACCUAAAUGAAAGUAAAUGUUGAUAAUGUGCUCUCUGUCCAUGACACUUUCUUUCUUCUCUCACAAAUGAGGCGCGUGGAGGAUCAUUUACAAAUAAGCAUGCACAAGAUACAAAUAAAACACACGUUUGAGAUACUAAACGAUUAAAGUUCAUGUUACCUCCUGGGAUUCAUAGCAUGCAAACCAUUGAAAAAUAUUGAUUAAUGAAGGCAGAAGUUCUUCAUAGUAUUGAUUCAAACUGCACUUUCAUCAUUUGAAAGGAUGUAAUAUAUGUAAAACUUUGAUUUGGUCCUGAUCCAGUUUUUCCCUCCCUUAUUGAAUUUCAAGCCAAAAAAAUCAUCAUGGUAUAAUUUAAAAGCCCCUCUAAGUCUUUAUUCAGAAUUGAUCAAUUUUCUUUUUAAUAAUAUUAGUGCACAAAUCAAUCAGACGGGCUGCACGAGCUCCUAAUAGUCGGGUUUCAUGUACCGGGACUAUACUGUAUACAGCUCAUUUAGAUGCACUGCGGAUCUCUACAAAUAGAUGUGGUUCUUUGGUGCAGCCAAGAGUUUUCCUUUUGGGAGGGGGUGUCAGACCUGCACUCAGAGGUGCAACAUGCCAAUUGGAGUUUGGAGUGCACAGAAUACAAAUCAGCCUGUGAGGGUUUGAGGCCAGGAAACAAAAGAGGCUUCUAAAAAAAAGGAGAAAAAGGGGAGAAAUGUCAGACGAGCUUUCGUGACUUUAAACUGAACUCUGAGGUUUACACUGUCCGUUUACUUUCCUCUAUGAAGGUGCUUAUUUUCUAUCUAUGCAAUCAGUGGGUCUCCAGCUGUGUUGUGAUAGUAUGAUGAUGGCAAGUUGUGCAGAAACCACAUGCAGUCGUCCUAAACUGUGUAAAAAGUGUACAGAAUUUGGAAACUGUUCUGGUUUGUUACAUAUUUAUGCAUAAUAAAAGACUUUGUACAAAUCUGUUAUUUGCUCUCACCUGGAGUAGAGUGAAUCUGUUUACCGCCGACCACAAAAUAAAUCUCUUGUCACAGGGUUUGAUCAUAAAAGCUGUUUGGCUUCAAACAAUAUGAAUGUGAUGUGUCUUUUUGUUGAAAAUCCAUUUUAAUCCCAAAUUGCUGCACAGUUUGAUCAAUAAGAGUUUGAGCGAAUCCUCCUCAUAGAUAAACAACCACAGCUCUCUGUGCAGACAAGAGGACCCAAAUCAACAUGUUAUUGUGCCAGCUUUUUAUCUGCACAACAUUCUAGUUAAAUCUAAUCUCAGUCUCUCUCAAACGUUUCACAGCUCUGUGUGGUCGAUCCAAAGCAAGGCCACUCUGUUGUUUAGCUCUCUGACUGACUGACGCAAUCACAUCGAUGUCUAUUCAUUCAGCUGGCUGCAAAUGAUUCAAACUCCAACUCAGUAGGCAGUGACACUGUGUCUGUUUUUCUCAGAAAUUAAAAGAAGUCCUUGAGCACUUUUCUAUCAGAGUUUACAGAUUUAAACCCUGCCAUGAAGUGAACAAAAACCUUCUCAAUCAAGCCAGAGUGAUUUCAUUUGCACCAUGAAGGCAACUCAGCUGUAGAGUACCUUCAGUUUCAGGUACAAUGAAUGUUUGUAGCUGCACCUGCUACUUGUUUGAAAUAUUAAUCACUCUGUCUGACUGAUUAAUCUUUAAUAUGCAGAGUAACAAAGAUGAUGGUAAAAAGAAAGGAUCAGUCUGAGUCAGAAGAAGGAUUUUAACAGGAUGAGAGGCAAACAGGUGUAGCUAAAAAAUCUGAGUGUCCUGAAAAUGUUUUUUUUUUAAUUUAUUUUUUUUUUUUAUAAUUUCAUUCAAAAAGUGAAAUAUCAUCACAUGCAUCACAUUUCAAGACUUCUUUUUUUGAAUCUUGAUGAUUGUGGAUUACAGCUCACAAACUCACAGUAACAUCCCACUGAGAAAUAGACGGCUAUUAGACGUCUAGUUAUUUUUUAGAACUAAUUUCAACCGUCUAGAUUCUGUAUAUCUGUUGACGGAAUUUAGACGUUGCACUUUAACCUGCUAUUCGAUAAGUAUUUAUUUCAAAAAGCAACUGUGAGUUGCAUAACUGACCUCAAAGUACUAAAGCAAAAUAAUUAUGAUAUCCAUUGUGCAAUAUACUGGUCGACCUCUGUUAGCUGGCUAGUCUAAACUCAGUCUAAAUUUAGACGUCUGAAAACUCUCAUUUUUAGACCUGUGGUAGCCUUUUAGACCAGUCAUCUAGGCUACAUUUAGACGUCUAUUAGACCUCUUUUAGACCAAAAAAUGCUCAGUGGGCUCUUUUAAAUCAUAUCAUAAACCUCACUUCUUUAGACUUGCUUUUAUAUAAUGCAUGAUUUUUUUAUUCAUGUAUUUUAUUGCCAAAGUAUCUCUUGUUUAACCUUGUCAGUGAUUUAUAAUAUUAUUAUUAUUUGUGGUCCUGUUUCUAACAUUUUCUCAUGUUUUAAUAACUUGCUCCCUAUUCAUUAUUAGUCUUAUUUUACCUUAUCUUAAAUUAUUAUCUAUGUAGGGGAGAGUGGGGGAAGUUGAGCCACCCCGUGUUGCUUGGAAAUGGUAAAAGAAAUUGAUCAUGUGACCAAAUAUUUAGGAGAUGGGCAUCAAUUCAUGGAGUCUGAAGGUUAGAAGCACAUGGGUGAAGGGGUUAGACAUUUAUUUCCAAAAAAAACAUUUUUCACUCUUGAAAGUGAAUUUAGUCUGUCUGAAGUUUUAUUAGAAUUGUGUUCAGACCAAAAAAGAUCAUUUUAAAUUAGUUUUAUACAUCAAUUGUGGUAUCAAUGAGCUACAACAUCAGGUCAAAAACCUAACAUAGAAGUCCACCAUUUUAUCUUAGAGGACUAAUAAAGUCAUAAUAGUAGUUCUGGGGUAAGUUGAGCCAGUGGCUCAAGUGAGAAAGUAAAGAAGUCUGAUGAGAGGAUCAGAGUUUCAGUUCAGAUUGUUGAAAUGUGUUACUUUUUCUUUGCAUAAAUACAGCUGUGAAUGUUCUGAAUCACUGAAAGACAUUCUCAUGUUAAAAUGACUUUUUACAAAACAGCUUUUUAGCAGUUACAUGCAAUAAUGAUAACAAGAAUUAUUGUACCAGUUGAAUAGCGUAUAAUAGAUAAAAAUACACAUGGAUGUGAAGAAGUGACUGUUAUUUAGGGAGAGAGAAGGUGGGAGAGGGAGGGCUGUGGUGGAGAGUGGGGGGAUAGUAGGGAUACGGCUCAACUUACCCCAUACACAGGAUAAGUUGACCAUAGGAGACCAUUUUUUUUACAUGCUUUAUUAUCAAGACAGUUAUGUUUACACUCAUUCUGUUGGUUUGUGGGGAUGUACAACAUCCUGAAAUAUAUGCAGAUACACUAGUUUGAGAUAAAACUAUGAUUGCCUUGAUGUAGUGAUCCGAAAUAUGAAAAAUGGCUCAUCUUACCCCACUCUCCCUUAUAUCUCUCUAUCUCUUUUAUCAGUCCUCUAUCCACCUUUUUCCUUUCCACCUUUUUGAUGUGAUGCCGUCAACCACCAACCGGCAAUCAUUAACUGUCCAUUUUUUAACUGUCCAUUUUCCUUUGUUUCUGCCUUAGUUUGCUUCUUCUGUUACAGCACUUUGUAAUCCUGUGUUUUUAAAGGUGCUAUAUGAAUGAAUAUAAAUAAAAAUAAAUUAACAAAAACAAAGAAUCCAAGACAUUCAAAGUGUUUGAAGCUAACCAAACACUAAUCCAACGAAAGGAUUUAUAGGACAGAAAUGUAGGACUGGAAAAUGAUCUCGGUUUCUGCUCUGAGCUCUUUGGUCGGGGCUGCCU